CACAGAGAGCCACUGAUAGAGCUUCUGUUUGUACAUCAGCUGUCCGACAUAUUCCCCUCUCUCAUAAUAUUAUCUCUCGCUAAUAUUAUUUCUCUCUGCUCCUGAGGCAUUCGUAGGUUGUUGUCAGAUCAGGUGUUUCUUGCCUGAUGGUGGAGCGGUGAGCUGAGGAAUGAUGGGCUGUAGUGAUGAAGAGGAGCAGAGUGAUGAGACCAACAACAAGAAGCAGCACAAGAAGAAAAGUAAAGGGGAGAAGCAUGUGUCAUUCCCUCCCGAUGAACUCAUCGUAUCAGGAUUUGCUGAGCACAGAGACAAUGACAGAAAAGGUGAGCUAGAUUAAUGCAAAGUUAAUCCUAUUCUACUCACUUUAGGUUCUUUUUGGUGGUCCCUGUUGUAUGUUUGUGGUUUAAAAAAGUCUCUGAAUGUUUCCCUCUGUUCCAGAAGACUGCUGCGUCACCUUGGCAGAGGUGAUUUGGGCCUACAAGCAGAGCUGCAGCAAACAUCGGGUGGAGCCCAAAGAGUGCAUCCUACAGCAGCUACAGGUUAGCAGACCUCAGCUAUCAGAGUCUGUUUCCAAUUCAGUCGGCCACACAGCACGAACAGUGAAGGUUUAAGUUUGUGUGUGGUUUGUGCACUUCUUAUUCUGCAGCUAUUGAACUUCCCUGGAUCCAGAUCAUUCUUUCUGGCAUUGUUUGCAAGAGUGUGACAGCAGAAUUAGAUAUGUUUUACCAUUGUGGUUGGACUAAAAAUCUGAGUCUUAGUUCUCCUGUGACUAGUUAUUCAAAAAAGGUCUGCAAAAAUCUGUCAGCUAUCUGUCAGGAUAACAGCUUUUAAAAUGCUUGUUUCAUUAAUGGAUGGGGUUUCUCAUUUCUAAUUUGACAUCAGAAGAAUCUUGAUACUAGAUGACUUUCAACACAUAGUGUCGCACAUAUUCCUUGUUGUCACCUUUAUCGAUAGUCUGGUUUUACCUGAUAAGAGUGGAUUUUUAUGUGAUGAGAUCUUGGGCUCUAUUUUCGUGCGCGCCGGUGAGGCGGCGGAGGGCGGCGAGCCCCGCGCAGUUGUAUUUUCGUCUGGCGGAGCCCAGCGUAAGGCCAGUUUGGUAUUUUCGUGGCAUGAGCCGCACGGAGGCGAGCCGAGAUCCGCCAAGCUGGGCGUGGUGGCGUGGCAGGGGGAGGUUUCGACAGAAUCAGCUGGCGCAGUGACAUUUUCGUGCUCGCCAACGGCGUGUAAAGUGCGCUGAAAGCUCGCCGAUUCAAACCUGGUCAGCUUUCAGCGCAAGGCGGAACGCAGCUGGUCUUGUAGUAUUUUGGUAGACCGGCGGCGUAUCGACAUACGUAACUGAUGCCUCACCGGUAGGUUUCUACAGUGUCAGGCACAUUUCAGCGCAAUGAAUAAUCAUCAUCAACUAUUAAUCUGAGUCAGCACAUACAUUUAGAUCUAUAUCGAUAUAUUCUGAUCUAUAUCUGAUCUGAUGAGCGCGUUUGGCACGCGUUUGGACACACAACCUGACCGAAUCAACACAGCUGAAACCGCAUCAAAUUAAAUUAAAUAUCUAGUAAAUAUACACACAUGAUGAAGUUAACAAGAUAUGUAAUUCAUCUCCCUCCUUUUCUUUCUUCCUCUUCCUCUUAUUUCUCGCACAGCUCGACCUGGACUCGUCUCCGUGUCCUCUGUCCGUCUUGCUGCUGCUGCUGCUGCUGAACAGAUGAUUUGUUUCAGUGCUCAGAUGCGUUAUCUACUUUAAGCAGACAUACGGAUAUUAUAAUAUUCAGUUUUGUGAGCCAAAUUUAUUUUAUAUGCCAACAUCUAUGAAAGAAAGAGCCAGGCCACGGAGCGCGAUGGGUCAUUUACGCACAGAUGGUUCCGAUUUUAAUGCCAUUUUUGGAGUUUAUGUUGUGAUCUGUGCGCUCAACCCACCUUUGUCACGUGAGGUUUGAAUAUGAGCAACUUUAUGUGAGUGUCUUUAUUUGUGGAAACGGGUGUUUGUCUUACCAGUGGGUCCAACAUUACGCACACUAAAUCCAUCUGUGCUCAUAUGAGAGAGUGUGGAGGACACUUGUUGAGGAGCUGCCCUCUGUCACCAUCUUGUGGCAUUACUGUCUUCAGACAUCUCUUGAUCUCUUUGACUACUCCAUGAAAAUAGUAAUACGCCUCGCCUGUGGCGGAUUUAAAGGCAAGUAGAGGAGCCUAUGUGAUUGGUUAAAACAGGUCUCGGCUGUGUUAAACCAACUAUACGCCCUUUCUCCUCCCCGUCUACGACUUAUGCUGCUGGGAGGAGCUGAGUUAGGGAGGGGGGAUACUUACGCCGGGCUGCGCGGCUCACCAAAAUACCAAAAUGUGCUUGGGAACGCCUUGUCAGCGCGGCGGAUCUGACUGACGCUGCGCUUGCGGCACGUCUCCGGCGAGGCACCAAAAUAGAGCCCAUUGUCUCAAGUAGUGCUUGCAUUAGAGAGUGGACAGUAAUCUAUUCACAGUUACCGCUGGUCCACCAUAAUGACAUCCUCCAGUUUGUGGACAACAUUUUUUAAGUGUUAAGUUGGGCUUUAUGGGCAUCACCAGCUGUUUAAAAUCAGGAACCAUACCUGUUAAACAUCACUGAAAUUGUAAUAAAAUGUGGGCUUUGUCCUUUUUCCUCUCCAUAAGUUAUAUAAGUAAAAGAGAAUUCAAUAGGAGUAACUAGGACUGGGCAAUAUGGGAAAAAGUUUAUCACAAUAUAUUUUGUCUUUUGCAAUACAAUAAGCUACUGCAUUUGUGAGGUCUUCGUGUCUCUUCAACGUUUUGUCGUAAGGCGUUGUGCUAGAGAGAGCAGACUGAAUGGUAGGCUGUUAUGACUGCACAGGCCAAAACAGGCUCUGCUCGGGGUUUGUAACCCUUUGCAUAGCGCGUGGCGCUGCUUCAGGUGAUGAAAAAAAUUUGAGGUAUUCCCCGACUUUGCAGAACAUGUACUCAACAUAAUUUGCAGUGCACAUUACUCUGCGUCAUGUCCUUAAAAAAACAAAAUACCUCCACACCACCAACGUUUUUGUGCCAGUGUUGUUGACAAUGUCAUCAUUGGUUGAGUCUUCAUCUGCAUUUCUGCCAGGGAUAGCACUCAUGUUCUUUUUUUCUCACGGACAGUGCUGUUGGCUUCACGUGUUUAAGUGCUAUGGUUGCGUGUAGCUGCAGCCUGCUACCAGGCAGUUGUUUGCUACUUGGUUCUAAUUCAGCACAUGGUUGAUUCAGCAGGAAGCAGACCCGGAGCAACCCCCCUUUUCAUUGGCCAUUCGUAUAGUCUACCAAAACAUGGUAGAAUGCGGGUUAUUGAAAAGCUUAUUGACCAUGUUUUAUAUUGAUAUUGAGGGAAAUUAAUUUUCAAUAUAUAUUUUUAUCAUUUAAUCCCCCAGUCCUGAGAAUAAAAAAAUCUCCAUGGUGUUACCCUGUGCUGAAUCUGAAUAUAUAUUGUAGUGUUGUGUUGUAUUGCAUUGCAACACAUGGCUUUGUAAGUAUCACCUCAUUGUAUCAUAUCUCAUCCCUUCAUAUGGUUAAAGGUCUUCUAUUAAUGGGAUUUUUCAUUAAGUUUAAAUCGGUCCCAAAGGUCCCACAAUAGUAAAUUUGAAGUUUGUUGUCUAAAACACCAGUUUAUUUGUGGAUAUCAGCCAGCCUGUACCCCCCUCUUUUUGAGCUCCACUGAAAACGGGCUGAUUCUGUGCCUGUACCUUUAAAUGAUAUUGAGCUGUGUGUAAACAUCUACCUUCCUAGGGCCACCCUUAGCUGCCGGCACCACCACGGUGGUCCAGGAGUGAUGGUCUGGAGAUCUUCUGAGGACCUCUUCAGAGGACCUCCAGACCACCGCAGCUGGAAGCACCACCUUGCCUCUGUGCCCCCGAAGAACCUCCGGUGCUCACGGGAAUAAAAGUAAAGAGAAGCGAGUCCGAAGACAAAUACCAACAAUGGUAAACACACGCCACUGCAGCCAAAGCACUCGUCAUAUGGGCGGCAGUAAAGCAACACAAAAUGGUAAAACUUAUAGCUUCCACCUUUUAAGUUAGGUCUCUGACACAGACAGUCGGUACGGAUCCAGGUUUUAUCUUCAGCGUCUUAGCAAAUCCUGCUUUGAACUGCCCCUUAUUGGUAAAACAGUCCAUGGUGAUAUGGUUAGUGUACACAAACAACAUUUUCGGAUUUGUUGUAGGUACAUUUCCAUCAUAAAUAAAGUUAAUCCACUGGGUCCUUAAAUCUUCAGAUGAAGGAGGCAGAAAUAGACUCCUGUCUCUGUUUGUGCAGCCAAGAACCAAGCAGCGGCUGGGUUGUAGCUUCGAUAUGGUUGUUGUACUGGAGCAGCGUAUGCGAAAGGAAAAAUGGUGGGCACUACCUCAGCGAAGAAGUUUUAGAGGGCUGGGUUCACGGUUAUUGGGGGCGCUGCCACCAAAAUGUAGGAGGGGCUUAUGCGGUGAUGUCGUCAUAACUGCAAACCUUUUCCAUCCGCCUGUUUGCACUCAUGUUUUCAGAGAGGAGGGGAAAGCAAGAGAGGGAGAGGAGGGCAUGUUUUCAUGUCGGGGGGGGGGGGGGGGGGGGUGCAUAUUAUUGGUAGAAAACCACCCAAAAGUGGAUUUUUCAUAAUAGGGGACCUUUAAGUAUGGUAUAUCAUAUUUUGUAUCUUAUUGUCCUGGUUCGGAUUAAGUGUUUUUUUUUAUUAUUAUUAUUAUUAUUAUGUUUAAAAAAGGAAAAAAAAAAAAAAAGCCCAGUGUUUGUUAGAUCUGGAUAUGACCGGUAGAGGGCAGCAUUACACUGGAUAGCGUACAGCCUGCCGGAGAAGAAAAAGAAGAAGCACCGGCGAAUGGCAAAUUUAAAAUGAUCAAUGCCAGGUACAUCAAAUCAAGAGAAGACACUAUGAUAUUGGAAACAGGGGUGAAAAACAAGUGGCACUGGGCUUGGGUGGAGGAGGCUGGAGAAGAUGGAAAGCUUCAUGGUAGCCAGUGUCAAAAACUGAAAGAGCCAGGUGCUUGUUUUUGUGUGCCGUGUGGCAGAAAGCUUAUGAAUGGCAGCAGUGGGAAAAAGUUCAGUAAAGUUGGAAAUGUACUCACAGAUUCAGACUUCUGGGAUCAAUAACUCUGAGAUGAAAUGUUGUCCAAAAACAAAUUCUCCUUUCACGUCAUAAUAGCACAGACUACUAGCUACAAAUAUCAAAAAACAUUUUUUUUAUUUUUAUUUUUAACAAAAACAAGCCGUUCUUUGAGCUGGAUGAAUAACAUUGAUUUCUAUGCGCAGCCAGUAGCUGGGCGAGUGCGCAAGGACAGUCUGCAAAUAUCAAUACAAGAGCAAGAUGCUGCAAACAAAUUACGAGACAGGGUAACAAGGUAUUUUGGUAGAGAAGUGUGCUUGCUACCUACAGCAACUGCAAAGCAAUGCUUGUUAGUGCUGUGUCGUUCAUGAACGAUUUGUUAAAACAGUGCAUUAUAGUGCCUUUACACUGAUACAUGUCUAUAAACUUUCCUGCAACAAGGAUUUAAUUUCAGCCACUUCAAAGCAGUACACUAUUUGAUAUCUUUAAAAGUAUCAGAAUCCCUGCUACAGCUGCGAUGUUAAUUUAUUUUUAAAGAGGACAUGAAACACUGACCCAAGUUAUCAUUAUUUUUGAGAAUGCCUCUCGACUUCACAAAUCACUGUAUUCAUGACUCUCAAAAUGUAAUACAUUCCGAUUAAACUGUGACAGAAGUUCCACUUUAGCAACACUGCUACUUUAUGGGGAACCGUAAAGUUGUGCCAGCUUGCGUGACGUCAUCAGUUGUGUAGCCCAUGUAUUGACUGAAUUGAUUUUAAUUGAAUGAGAGCAGAUUAGGAUGGCUGAAAUUGCAAACGAGAACCAAAGACAAGUAAACUCACUAGAGGAGGGGUAUUUUGUUUUGCGGCAGGCUGCUCCAACUAAUUUUACAAUGUAAGGAAUAAAAAAAUGUUGAAUUUUCAUCAUUUGCCGCUGAAACGGCCGGUGAUUCUCUGCAGCUCACACAUGCAGCAGCAGCAGCAGUGAUAAGAUGUAAACAUCGGUAUUCAGUGUAAUAAACUUCACAACUGUCAUAAACUCAAGAUGGCGCUGUGCGCAUAUCGUAAAUACACUCUUGAAAGCAGUUUCCCUAGCAUGUGAGGAUGCCAAUGUGGUGUGUUUCAUGUCCUCUUUAAUCUCUCCACUUUUCCACAAUAUAAAAGAACGAUGACUUGCGCUCAUUUAGUGGGUGUGCUACUUGCUGCUGCUUUGUUUCCGCCAAUGGCGAUACACAGAGAGGUGAGUUUUUCAGGGCAGGGGAGUGAUUCUUCCUUCAGGACUUGGGGAAUGAACGGCAUGAGUCACCUAGUGAACGGAUAUUAUAAUAUUCAGUUUUGUGGGCCAAACUUAUUUUAUAUGCCAACAUCUAUGAAAGAAAGAGCCAGGCCACGGAGCGCGAUGCGUCAUUUACGCACAGAUGGUUCCGAUUUUAAUGCCAUUAUUGGAAUUUAUGUUGUGAUCUGUGCGCUCAACCCACCUUUGUCACGUGAGGUUUGAAUAUAUGCAACUUUAUGUGAGUGUCUUUAUUUGUGGAAAAGGGUGUUUGUCUUACUAGUGGGUCCAACAUUACACACACCAAAUCCAUCUGUGCUCAUAUGAGAGAGUGUGGAGGACGCCCAAUGCGACAAUGACACUUGUUGAGGAGCUGCCCUCUGUCGCCAUCUUGUGGCAUUACUGUCUUAAGACAUCUCUUGAUCUCUGACUACUUCAUGAAAAUAGUAAUACGCCUCGCUGGUGGCGGAUUUAAAGGCAAGGAGAGGAGCUUAUGUGAUUGGUGAAAACAGGUCUCGGCCGUGUUUAAUCCACUACACGCCCUCUCUCCUCCCCGUCUACGACUUAUGCUGCUGGGAGGAGCUGAGUUAGGGAGGGGGGAUACUUACGCCGGGCUGCGCGGCUCACCAAAAUACCAAAAUGUGCUUGGGAACGCCUUGUCGGCGCGGCGGAUCUGAUUGACGCUGCGCUUGCGGCACGUCUCCGGCGAGGCACCAAAAUAGAGCCCUAUGACUUCAGCGGAGGGGGAGGGGCUCAUUCAAUGAAUGAACUCUCGAUCAAUGCAGCUGUGUCACUCACUUGUGUACUGCACCCAGCAGGACGGGGGCAGGGUGAGAUUUGAAGGCAUCUGACUGGAUCUUUGCCUUCAGCCCGAAUACUAUGAUUGGUCAAAGUUUUUACAGUAUUGCAGCUGCCACAGAUCUUGGAUUCUUUUUGUUUCUCUUUCUGAAUACAUAAUGAAUUGACUCAGGGUGGAAGGGCCAUUUCAUCCACUCUUACAAAAAAGUUUCUGAACAUCACUGCCUACCCCACCUUUAAUAUCUUUCAAUACUAAUCAAUAGCUCCACUGUUAUACAGUACAGAGGCUCCAAAAUUGCCCCACACACCAAGGGUCUACUCAUAGUCAUACUCCAACAGCUGUUUUGGGGAAAUGUGCCUUUUUACAGUUUUGGUGAAUUUUCAUGAAUCUAUUUUUUUAUGGUGUCAUAUUUUGUCACAUUGUAUCGAACCUUGAAUUGCACCCUGUAGGAUUGUAUGGUAUCUUAUGGUAUGGUAUUGUAUCACAUCAUAUUUCAUCAUACUUUAUCAUAUCAUUAUGUAUCAUAGAAUUACAUCAUGUUUGAUUUAAUCACAUUAUGAAAUGUAUUAUAUCAUAUCAUAAUAUGUUGUUUAGUACACGACAGUAUAGUUUGGAGUAAUAUGUUAUCAUGCAGUAUUACAUUGUGUCAUAUCCUGUUGUUUGAUAUCGUGUCUAGCUGAUUCUUGAGAAAGCAUACAGACACAGGGCUGAAGGUCAGGCUCACAGACUGAUGAGGCUGAGGUGAGACCUGUUUGCGUCUGCAUUUCUGAGAUUACUGUAAACAACAGUUUGAUGAGUUUUGUUUGUGAGUUUUUUCAACUAAAUUGCACUGUCUUGAUGUUAUUAUCCACAUCUUGCCUUGCAGAUAGGAUUUGUUAGUUUGAUAUAUAUAUGUAUAUAUAUAUUUUUUUAUGAUGAUUUGAUUCAGGCUGUGACCUCUGAACCUCCUGUGCAGUCUGAACUCCAGCCUGUCAAAACCUGCAGACAGAAUACUGCUUUUAAAAAAGCGUGUGUGUCCAUGAUUUUUUUUUUCUUUUUAUGCAACAUCAGCAGCUCUGCUCAUGCACCUCCUGUACAAGCAGUUUUUUUUACAGCAGUGCAGAAAGGAUCAAUAUCAACAAUAAAACCCAUUACAAGUCUGAGCUCACACACUGUCGGAGCAUGUCAGACUUCAUAGCUUCAUAGAACAGCACCUGAUUUUGAACAGCACUACAUUCUAGAGAAGCAACACUCACCCUGUGUUCACACACACACACACACACACACACACACACACACACACACACACACACACACACACACACACACACACACACACACAUACACAGUGUGAGUAUGUACACUGUGAACUCCCUGAGAUAAUUUGGUUCCAUCAGUCUCAAUCAGGCUCAUUGCUGCAGAGCUUAAACAGGAGGCUAAGAGCAGGUUAACUACAGAGCUCUGCUUAGUGUGAAUGCAAAUACUCACAGCAGAAAAUAGCACACACACACACAUGCAUACAGGCUGGGGUUAAAUGCUGUGGUACAGUGAAUAUGAACACACUGUAUAGUUUAUGCUGUACAGUCUGAUUGUCAAAGACAACCUUAGUGCUCAUCUGUUCUGUGUUUUUCUGGAGCUGGUCAGCUUAUUUAAUAUUUGAUGUAGGCCUCACUCCUUAUGAAUUUUAAUAUUUUGCAUCUUAGAAAGAAUCAGAAAUUGAAUAACUCAAUUGUACCAAUUGUAAUUUGAAUAGUUCACUUUAACUUCAUUCAGCUAACCUUUGCAAACCUUCCCUGGUUCAAUUCCUGGCCACAGCCUGUUGCUGCAUGUCUUCCCCCGCUCUUCAGUCCCCACAUUUGGGAGACAUUAUAGUGUAGGAUAUGGUGCAUCCCUGGGAAUCAUCACUUUUGGGGCUCUAUUUUCAUGUCCGCCGGUGAGGCAGCGGAGGGUGGCGAACCCUGCGCAGUUGUAUUAUGUGAGUGUCUUUAUUUGUUGAAAAGGGUCUUUGACUUACCAGUGGGUCUAAACUUACACACACCAAAUCCAUCUGUGCUCAUAUGAGAGAGUGUGGAGGACGCCCAAUGCAGCGUUUACAGUGACACUUGUUGCGGAGCUGCUUUAUGUUGCCAUCUUGUGGCAUUACUGUCUUCAGCCAUCUCUUGAUCUCUUUGACUACUUCACGAAAAUAGUAAUACGCCUCGCCGGUGGCGGAUUUAAAGGCAAGGAGAGGAGCUUAUGUGAUUGGUGAAAACAGGUCUCGGCUGUGUUAAACCCACUCCACGCCCUCUCUCCUCCCUCUCUACGACUUACGCCGCUGGGAGGAGCUGAGUUAGGGAGGGGGUAUAAUUACGCUGGGCUGCGCCGCUCACCAAAAUACCAAAUUGUGCUUGGGAACGCCUUGUAGGCGCGGCGGACCUGAUUUAUGCCGCUUGCGGCAUGUCUCCGGCGAGGCACGAAAAUAGAGCCCUCGAUCUUAAAUAAACUGAGAAAUAUAGCUUAAGCAAAAUAAGUGGUCUUGUGGUACAACUUGCUUACAAAUCUUACAAACAGUAAUGCAUGUAGACGCUGAACGUAAACUCUGUAUGUAGUCUAAAAACAUGGACAAUCACUUGAUCACGUUUCUAGUCAGCUUUGACUGCAGCAGCAUAGCAACUCCUGUGCAUGCUUACCUGUGAAAGUUUCAGUCAGCCCCCCUGUGGACACAGCAGUCUUUGGUUGUCUUGUCCUCCACAUCUUUGAGUCUUGAGUCUGAUGACGUUUGAUCGUCAUUUGGAAAUAUUGUAAAGCUCAUCACUUGUUUUUUCUUUUGGCUUUCAGGCUAUCUCAUAAACAUGAAAAACAAUCAUCACACGAGCUUUAAACCACAGUAAAUGCUGUAAAAGAUAAAGUCUAUUCAUUUUGAGAUCUAACAUUCUAACCUGAUAAAUUGUUCUAUUAUCAUACUGCUCUGUAAUCUUGCAUGUACAGUUAAUACAUUCGUACAAACACUGUGUGGUGAAAGCAUGGAAAACCACACACACACACACACACAUUUCCUUCCUCUGUAAUAAACUAAACUCACUUAUUCUCUCUGCUCCUCUUGCAGCAUACAGCGUCACAUUUAUAAUUCAUUUCAUGUACAUACUUCCUUUACUUGGACCGGCCAUGUUAAAGCCCCCCCCCCCGCAUAAAUUGGAGUGGAGAUCAAGGGGAAUUAUUUGUGGAAAAUUAGGGUGUUAGCAGUGCUUACAUUAAGCAUACAGCCGCUGUAUUAUCUCUGAGGUGCUAAUGAAGCCAGUUACAGAGCAGACGAAUGUAGGUGGUCCUCCUGAAGAGUAAAAUAUGUAUGGUUAAGCAUUAGCUAAGAGGGGCAAUAUUUAGACCAAAAGGGCUGCCUGUGAAUGAAUCAGUAAUAAGACGAACGCCUAAAGAGCGAAUUUAUUAAAUUAGGUCUGUUCAUGCACGGGGCGAUUCCCCUGAGGAGCAGCAAUGAAGACUAUUUAAAGCUUUUUUUAUUGCACCCUGGGGCCCACUGCACUCCUUUGAAAUGUAGUAAGUGGAUGAAACAGUGUUGCUGUUGGUGACAUCUUCAUAGGAGUAGUAAACAAUAACACGCCACAGCCAGUGGGGUCUGAAGGCCGCACAGCUCCAGCUCUCUGAGUACACUAAGCAGAACAAGCAGGAGGCUUUUCCCUCCAACUAUCUGUGAUUAAAACUCAUGGUGGAGACAAUCCAAACUUUUUCUUCUUCUUCAACAGUUGAUCAGCCUGACUCUCAGAUUGUUUCUGAGUAACUCCUCAGCUGGACUCAAAGUUCUGAGGCUCAGUCAGGAGAGGAUCCAUUUAUGUUUGUUAGACAGGCACACGUCUGUCCCCUUACCACAGGAUGAGUUAUGCCUUUAUUCCUUUUUUACCACGACUCAAUUCAAACAAUGACACUACAAACUUUACAAUAUUAUGCCUUUCUUUGCUAAAUUAUGACUACAUUUUUGCAGUAUUAAGACUUUGUUCUUCUUAUGUAACAACUUUAAUCUUGCAAUAGUAAACCUUUAUGAUUACAAUAUUACAACUUCAUACUUGCUAAAUAACAGCUUUAUCAUUCCAAUAUUUUGACUUUAUGUCUGCAUAAAACUGACUUUAUUAUUGUUUUAUCUAUUACCACUUCUUUCUAGUGAUAUUAUGACUUUAUUCUUGAAAUCUUCAUAUUUCCCUCUUAAAAUUGCUUUAAUCUAAUCUAAUCUACUCUAAUCUUUUGUUGAAACACACACACACACACACAUACACACAUAUAUAUACACUGGAGAUCAAAAUUAGAGAACAACCCACAAUUUCCUAAAUGUCAAGAACAACCCACAAUUUCCUAAAUUCAAGUUCACUGCAUUGUUCUAUUAUAAAAUAAUCCAAAUUCAAAUAAAAAAGAAGAAUUUUAUGCAUAUAUACUCAUGCAUAAUGCAUGAGAUACAUAUAUUAUGAAGCACCGUAUGAAAAGCUUAAAUGAGAUGUUUUUAAAACGCACUGAUCAAAAUUAGAGAACACUUUAAGAAACCUCCCAGUUAUGAGUGUUGGUCUGGCACCUGGGGCUUAUUUAUUUAAUUAUCUGACCAACCAAUUAUCUGACUAAACUGGCAGCCUAACUUCCAGUUUUCACUGACUUUACAAGAUGGUGAGCCAUUCUAAAUUUACUGAAACGCUCUGGCAACAGGUGGUCUGGAUGAAGGCCAAAGGGAUGACCCUGUCAGCAAUAGCAAGAGUGAUUGGUCUUUCCAAAUCUGUGAUUUCCAGAAUAUUACAUCUUUACAAAGUCAAACACUCAUUCAAGUCCACCAAGAAGGCCAAUCGUCUACAAAAGACAAAUGAAAGAGAGGACAGAAUAAUACAGAAAACCUAAAUGGACAAUCAGUUCAACACUGGAGCUGGAAUUGCUAGCCAGUUCAGUGCUGAAUAAGGUUAGACUCUGUCUCAUCAUACAGUGUCUUGACGUGAAGGAGUAUUAAGACUGAAAGCCACUCUGCAGUGACCAAACCUCUCAUUAGUAGAAAGAAUCAAAAGGGUAGAGUAACCUUUGCUGUGGAACAUGUUGUGUAGACAGAGGAAAACUGAUCCAAAGUUCAUUUUCAUGAUGAAAACAAGUUUAAUUUACUUUGGUCCAAUGGAAAACACUAUGUUUAUCGUCAAACUGGAGAAAGACAGCACCCAAAGUGUGUAAUGAAGUCAGUGAAAGGUGGAGGAGGAAGUGUCAUUGUAAGGAUGCCUAGCCCAUGGUCACACAUUAUAAAAAUGGAAGGUCCACACAAAUGAUCAUUUUGACAAGCUUUACUGGUUACAGAUCUGGAUUACAGCUUCAUCAUGCCACAAGUGUAACAAAGUGUAGCAAAGUGUAACAGAAGCAUAACAGAAGCGUAAUAAAGAUUGGUCUGAGACCGUUCAAGUAUAUAUAGUCGUCCACAUUUCUAAACAUACUGCUGACAUUUAGUUGACCCUAAGAAAAAUCCAUGUACGGUAAGAACAAAGGACAACAUAUUUUAAGGAGCUUUAGGUGAACAUAUGGAGGGUCCAUAGAAGGAAAUACCAUGACAGAACAUAUUUUGGGGACCUGUGUGAUGUAAAACAUGGGUACAAGGUAGAUGUUGAGGAUGGUUGUCGGAGGCCCCCGGCUCCAGCAACCUAACACAGAAGUAUCUGAGGUAUUUGAGUGACACAGCUCCACCACUCUAAAGGCUGACAUGACUGGAUAAAGAAACUCAUCCUCAACAGUCAUAGCUUGGGAAAUAUUUUCUGCAGCAGCAGGAGUUGGGCCUCUUAUACAGCUACGUAGCAGAGUGAAUGCAAAUGUUUAUCAGAACCUUCUUCAACAACAUAUGAUUUCAUCCCGUGUUCAUCACCCAAUCAGCCGGCCAUUUUUAUGCAGGACAAAGUCCCCCUAUCACACAGCAAAACAAAUAAAGCAGUUCAUUGAAACUACAAACACUGAAAUAAUGAAACAACCAGCCCAGAGUCCUGAUCUAAACUCGAUAGAAAACCUCUGAAAAAUCCUUGGUGACAAAGUUAUGGCCAAGAAACCCACAACGGUCACCUAACUGUGGAAGAGACUGAAACAAGAGUGGAAAAAAAUCACACCACAGCAGUGUGAGAGAUUGGUGAUGUCUUGUGGCCGUAGAUGUGCCCAAGUCAUUUAAAACAAAGACCUGUACACUUCCUACUAAUUUGUGACUGUCCUAACCUUCAGAUAAUUUUGUUGUAAUCUUUCUUUGUGCAACUGGCAUUGCUGUUCUUUAAUUUUGAUCAUUGUGUUUUCUGCAACCUUUUUUUUUUUAAAUUUAAUAACCAAACAGAUCAUCCAGCUGAUUAGGAAAAUGAUAAACCAACCAGCUGAAAGAAAUCCAACCGCAGGUCGUGAAUCGGGAUUAAAUGUUUGAUGACUUCCAGUGUAAAGAUCUCAUCACACUCUCAUCUCAGCGAUGCAUUAAUUAUGCUAAUUUAAACUCAAAUCCUGACUGUGUUUACACAGAUUCCUCUUGACUAUUCUUUGUACUGCUUGAAUCAAGAACAGCAGUUUUAGGGGGUUAUGGAAGGUUUAUUUCAGUUUACUGGAACAAAAGCUGUUCAUAUUUUAUUUUUCAAUCCUCUAAACACAAAAGGGUUGAGAGUGUAACACCCGCUGACACUGAGUCUGUGCUCUUUGUAUUCUGAGUCUGAUGUUUGCAGAAUAAUCUGAGAAUGAGUUGCAUGUUGGCAAAUCUUCUAAUGAAGAGCUUAGCGCCGGUUUCUGUGCAGAUUAUUCAGCUGAGUGGACUGAAGAGAAAUCAAUUACACAAACUUCACUUUCAUUAUUUAUUAUCCCACUGCUGCACAACAGUAUGACUCUAUGCAGUUCGUUCACAGGGUUAAACUCAGCCCACACUGAUGCUGCUCCACUGGAGAAACGUUUGAGAGGGUAGGAGGGGGAGGAAGGAGGAAGUGGUGGUGGUGGGUUUGGGGGGGGGGGGGGGGGGGGCAAAGACAAAAGAAAAAAUCUGUUUUUACAGACCACCGCUGCUUUCUCAGCUCCUUUGAUUAGCAUUAGCGUAGCACUGUCUGCAGCACACACAUACACACAGAUACACACAGGCUAACACACACUCUCCUGUCUUUUAAAUUAAAUGCAUGCUGAUUGUUUUUGCCCACCCUUCUCUACACACACACACUGCAGAGAGGUAAAUGUCACUAAGCAAAGUGUCUCACUUUCUCCAUAGUGGUUGUGAGCAGGUUUGCAUGCAAAAUAAAAGCAGAGGGGAGGAGGAGGAGGAGGAGAGGUGUUUCGAGGGUUUAUCAGAGAACAGCAGGAGCACUGGACAAGUGUUGCUCCUCUUGUUACAGGCAGACACAGUGAUAAGAGGACAUUUAGUGAGAGAGCAGGGAGCACAGUCGGGUCGAGGAUUACUAUAGUCAAAAAAUACAAACACACAAUCCUCACACACUUUUUUUACAGGUUUAUCCUUUACCUUCUUUUGUAGGGCUGAAACAAGAGUAACGCUGGUCUCUUUCACCUUCUCUGCUUCUGAAUAGAUGCAGAGAAUUUAGAGUAUAAGCUUGUGAGAUGCACUACUGGUGGUGCACCAUUGGUCUGAAAUGGAUUUACACACUCAGGAGGCUGCACAAGUAGCAGGAGAGCCCCUGUGAGCAGGAUGGUGUUAAACUGCAGAACUUGAAGACACAUGUUCUUCUGACAAAAACACAGAUACACACAAACACACUUAGCUAUAUCUUAAACAUGUGACUUUUCCAUCUCCUGUCUCCACUAAAAAUUGGAAGUUUGUGUCAUUCAUGCGCCUUAUCAGAAAAUGUCUGCAGCUUUCCUCACAUACCUUCAAUCUAAACUUCCAUACAUAUCCUUUUGAGGAGGUAUUUUCGCUCUUCUGGAACACUGAUGGAGAUCAGCUCUUGUCAGUUUUGGAGUUUUCAUCAUGCUAAUAUGCACAGUAAAACAAAGUAAACCUUUAAACCUUUUCUUUAAAAAAUUACAAAUUGAAAAGGAUCUCUAAGUUGUAUUUUUUUUUCUGGGAGAGACAUUUGGAGUUUGGUCAGUAUCUGAUCCUUGUCACAAAUGUUUAUAUCCCAAAGAGAGCAUCAAAAUAUUGCAGACUUUCCUAAAGAUAGACAUUUCAGAGCGUAUAACAGAGCCAUAGAUGUAAGAGCUCCAGAGUGCUCCAGACUCAUGAGGAGUGAUUUAAUUAAAAGGGGCCAUCUCACUUCAGGUUGUAUCUGUUGAUUAUCUGAUGCUGUUUUAGAAGCUUUUAAAGGAAUUUUAUCUCCAGUUUUAAGUCAAGCUGAAAAAUGAAAUAAACCAUCACUGCGUGUGCGUGAGCAACAGCUUCAUCACACUGAGAUGCAACUAUUCAUCAUAAUAGUUCACAACAACGACAGAAUGAGAGUAUGGGCUCUAUUUUCGUGUCCGCCAGUGAGGUGGCGGAGGGUGGCGAACCCUGUGCAGUUGUAUUUUCGUCUGGCGGAGCCCGGCGUACAGCUAGUUUGGUAUUUUCGUGGACUGAGGCGCACGGAGGCGAACCGAGAUCCGCCAAGCUGGGCGUGGUGGCGUGGCAGGGGGAGGUGUCGACAGAAUCAGCGGGCGCAGUGACAUUUUCGUGCUCGCCAGUGGCGUGUAAAGUGCGCUGAAAGCGCGCCGAUUCAAACCUGGUCAGCUUUCAGCGCAGGCGGAGCACAACUUGUCUAGAGGUAUUUUGGUAGACCGGCGGUGUAUCGGCAUGCGUCACCGCAUCCUCACAGGCAGGUUUCCACAGUGUCAGGCACAUUUCAGUGCAAUAAAUAAUCAUCAACAACUAAUAAUCUGAGUCAGCACAUACAUUUAGAUCUAUAUCAAUAUAUUCUGAUCUAUAUCUGAUCUGAUGAGCGCGUUUGGCACGCGUUUGGACACACAACCUGACCGAAUCAACACAGCUGAAACCGCAUUAAAUUAAAUUAAAUAUCUAGUAAAUAGACACACAUCAUGAAUUAACAAGAUAUUUAAUUUGUGUCCCUCCUUUUCUUUCUUCCUCUUCCUCUUAUUUCUCGCGCAGCUCGACCUGGACAUGUCUCCGUGUCCUGUCCCCGUCCUGCAGCAGCUGCUGCUGCGGUGGCUGAACAGGUGAUUUGUUUAAGUGAUCAGAUGAGUUAUUUACUUUACGCCUACAUACAGAUAUUAUAAUAUUCAGUUUUGUGAGCCAAAUUUAUUUUAUAUGCCAACAUCUAUGAAAGAAAGAGCCAGGCCACGGAGCGCGAUGCGUCAUUUACGCACAGGUGGUUCUGAUUUUAAUGCCAUUUGUGGAGUUUAUGUUGUGAUCUGUGCGCUCAACCCACCUUUGUCACGUAAGGUUUAAAUAUAUGCAACUUUAUGUGAGUGUCUUUAUUUGCGGCGCUGCUUUAUGUCACCAUCUUGUAGCAUUACUGUCUUCAGACAUCACUUGAUCUUUUUGACUACUUCAUGAAAAUAGUAAUACGCCUCGCCUGUGGCGGAUUUAAAGGCAAGGAGAGGAGCUUAUGUGAUUGGUGAAAACAGGUCUCGGCUGUGUUAAACCCACUCCACGCCCUCUCUCCUCCCUCUCUACGACUUACGCCGCUGGGAGGAGCUGAGUUAGGGAGGGGGUAUACUUACGCCGGGCUGCGCCGCUCACCAAAAUACCAAACUGUGCUCUGGAAUGCCUUGUAGGCGCGGCAAACCUGACUUACGCCGUGCCUGCGGCACGUCUCCGGCGAGGCGCGAAAAUAGAGCCCUAUGUGUUAGCAGAUUAGUUUUUUUACUCUUUGACCCUGAACUGUCAAGUCUUCUCACAUAUGACUCCAACACCAUGCUGCUGUUUUAGUGCUGAAUGGAAGAAUCAAACUUCACUUCUUUAUCAUUUAUAUUUGAUAUAUACUGUAUGGUCUGUCACCUUUUCUAUAGUCUGUCUAAUCACCUUUCACCAAGGGUUUAUCUGUAUUUCUCGAUUCCCUUCCCUCUAUACACACACACACACACAUAUAUAUAUAUAUAUAUAUAUAUAUAUAUAUAUAUAUAUAUUUAUAUAUAUAUGUACAAAAAGAUAGAUGUUGGGUAGAAAGAUUUAGCCUUAUUUCUCCUCUAAAUUUUGUCCUAACCUGAACUCAAAGCAGCAGUCUGAGUUUUAUCCUUUUAUUUACAUGUGCAAAAUGUUCUUUUUACUCAGUCAGAAUUUCUGAGAUAAAGAACCUGGAUUUGAUGUUACGUGUGAUUUUCUGAUUAAAGGUUUUCAUGUUAAAUUUAUCAUACAAAUAAAAGGAACAUGUUUUUUAAAGACUGAAUAUUUUAUACUGGUAAACCGUCCAAUGUGCUGAAUCAGCUGCAGACGGCAUCAGGAUUUAAAAUCACCUCAGAGGAAUAAGAUGUGAAACUUAUUUAUAUUUGAGGUCAUGGUUUGAUUACUUUGAUCCCAUCUUUAGUUUAUUUCUUUUUAGACCCUGAUGAUAUAGAUCAGGUCAGAUGUGUGUGAGCCCAUGAGCUGAUGCUGGUGAUAUAAAGAUUUGAAAUGUCCUGAAUCAUACUGACCUCAGACCAGCUUCAUUUUUGACUGAAACAGCAUCACAGAUCAGAUCAAACUAAGGAGUGGAUUUUACAGAUUUUUUCAGUCUAAUGUGACACAUCUUGAUAGAUCCUGACAUGAUAAUCCUGCAGAUUAUAAUUUAAUUUAAAUAUCCACAGAAAUACACAUACACAAGGCUGCUGGAGCUGUGUGACAUUCACACAAACACACAUACACUCUUUGCCUGAGCUUUGCAUGUGUACAUUAUUUGUGACAGCCUGUAUUUAAGGGGACGGUGCAUUGUACACAAAGUGUGGUUAAUUAAUCUGUAAACGCUCGUCGCUCAGAUUUCAGAUGAACAAAAGCAGCCAAAGAAAAACUGAAAGUCAAUUAUAAUUUCAUGUAUGUUUUUAGAUCUCUCUUUUUAAAUCAUAAAUGAAGUUACUAAUUUUGUCGGCGCUCUUUCUAGACACUGCAGCUUUAAUUGCUAAUUGUUAACAGCCUACGAAUACAUUUGCAUAUUAAUUAGCUGCCAAUUUACAUUUUUAAUUUGCUGCCUUCAAAGGGUGUGAGAUGAAAGGUCGUGUUAUUUUAAAUAAUUUAUCCUUUAGAACAGGAAAGAUGCUGAAAGGCAAAGGGGGGGGGGGGGGGUUAACCCCUCUGAAAAUGCAUGUUAAAAAUACAUACAGACAUUUAUAUUUAUUUAUAUUUUCUGUCAGUUAAUUAAAGGUGCAGAGGAGGAAAACGUAGCUGCACGCUGUUUUUAUCUCCAAGAGAAACAGUGAAAAUAGAGGAGAUCACUUCUUCACAGACAAGUUUAGAGAGUCCCCCACUCUCUAUCUUUGUGUGUGUGUGUGUGUGUGUGUGUGUGUGUGUGUGUGUGUGUGUGUGUGUGUGUGUGAGGCUCUCUUUUCAUCACUCCAUUUUGUCCUCUCCUGACACAUCAUAGAUCUGGCAGACGGCGUCUUUGCUGUAUGUCCUUACUACGCUGCUGCGGCAAGCAGAGCGGGAACGCACGAGUUCAGAAAUUCAUUAGGAUUAAAAAAAAAGGGAAAAAAAAAAACAGCCGCUAGAGUUCUACUGAGGAGGAGGAGGAGGAAGAAGAUCUGUGCAUCUCCUUCCUUCUCUUCCUUUGUGUGUUUGUGAGUGUGAUACGGUUCUUACAGAGUGGCGCUCUCUGGCUCGCUGCCACAAACAAACCGCUCUCACUAACUGCCGGACGCCAGCACACAUUCACACUUUUCUUUUUGUCUUAUUUUUAUUGUUGUGUCAGACCAUACAAAAAAGUGAGGUGACAGAAAAACAGGCACAGCAAAGAGAAAGAAUAGAUGAAUGAAGCAGGCUGGACAUACACAGAUAAAAUAUGCUCUCUGCACAAUAUGCAAACUUUUAUUCUUCCAAAAGCUCCUGAUUUUUUUUUAUUGCAAAAAAGAGCAAUACAUUUUUAACUCAGGUGCCAAAAGCUGCUGCAGAAAAAAAAAAUAAUAAUAAAAGAAAAAACAACAACUCUUCAGUUAAAAUAAAACAACGUCUGAUCCGCACAGUAAAGCAGGCUGUACAGAGGCACCAAAACAUGCUCCUUGCAAAAUGUAGAAAGUUUUCUUGGAAUCUUCACUGCGCAGCUCUGAAAUCCUCUGACGCUCUUAGCUUUGCUAAAAAAAUAGAGUCUGACUAAAUUUCUUACAUAAAGAUUUGCAGCUCUGAUGCUUGAUGUCUCACUGAAAAAAUAUUAUACUUGUGAAUCUCAGAGAAAUCUUAGGUGUUUGAUCACAUUCAAAUGACAUACUUCAACCUCUGAUUUUUAUUUGCAAAGGACUCUCCUCUAUUUCAAAUCCUUACAUGAGGACUGCCGGAGCUGGCUCUGUGCUAAUCUUGCAGCUCCUUGAUGAGUGCGUGUGAUGUUGUAUGAUGAGAAUCAAAGCCAGGUAUCAAUAAUACAGCUGACGACACAGCAUGAUCAUUUCCAGGGUUUGUGAUUUAUUUCAAUUUAACAGUUUUUAGAGCGACUGUGAGGGCAAAAUUGUGCAACAAUGACCAUGCCAGAUUAUGUCAAAUAAAUGAAAAUGUCAGAAUUUCCCGAAACCCUGUAGACCAGAAAAACUUUAGUGAGACUGAAUCUUCCUCUCAUAAGAGUUUCCUGACCAUGAUCAUCAGCAGCACAUUCAACAAAAAUCCAGACACAACGCAAAACAGUGAGUAACGCCUGAGAAAAUAUCGGAUUGUAUAACUGAAAGUUAACAGUCAAGGCAUCUACAGCCUGAUGCAUCUUUCUCUAAUGUCUUAAAUCUGCAUUUAAAAAUCUUUUAAGAGACCUAAGGAUCAAAGUCCUCCUGCAGCAGAUCAAGUCUUCUUUCUCAUUUCACUCAUCCUUGAAACCCAAUGCAAAAAUAUGUCCUGUGACUAGAUCGCAGAGUGAAAACUUCGACUACCACCAUUUUUUCGAAUUUUUAAAAUCACAUAAGAGGGAGGCAAGUGAAGAAUCAUCUUUCUAAUAAAGACAUGUCAGUGAAUUAGUUGCAUGCUAAAUCAUUGACAUGGGAAUACAAACUCAAAAUCAGAAUUCCUCUACUAUCUAGAUUAAAUGAGAAAAACCUAAGGAGACUUGAGAAGCUGACACAUAUAGUCAGAGCAAAAACAGAGAAAGAUCUGUCAAUAAGAUCAGUCACAUUCACAUGAUAAGUAACUGUUAAUGGAAUCAAAAAGAGCAGUUGUAGUUUUUACAAACUGAGUGCCGAAUGCAUUAAAGCAGCUAAAGUGGCAAUAAAAUAAUAAUAUUGGAACAAAAAACAAACAAACAAACAAAAAAAAAAAGUUUAAGGAUAAAGGGGUCCAGCUGAUGUUUGUGAGACCUAGUUAUUUGACAUAAUUCUUCCUCACACAGAGCAUUCUCUGUCUCUGUCCUCUGAGUUUUCAGCUGUAACCCUCGUUUCUUAAAUGUUUCCACGAUGAGGGUAAAAGAUCCUGAUGUAUCCUGGUUCUGGUUCUUAGCUUCUCCUGCAGGGAUCCAGUAUCAGGUUUAAGGAGGGAGUUUUAGGAGUCAAGGAAAAAAGAAUAAAUAAUUAAGAUAUUUUACAGAGUUAUCCCGGUGCAUGCAGGCAAGCACAGAGGGGAGGAAGAAAAUGAUGAAAAUGGUGCUAUACUCUGACUUCUAAACAUUGAACAGAAUGAUGAAGAGCAAAGUGCAUCUCAAAAUCACUGCACUGCUUUAUUCAUUCUCAAAAAAAUAGAUGCCUGUUUUCUUCAUGCGUAUGUCCCCUAUUUUAAUUUCAAAAUUAUAAAGCAAUCCAGGUUUUUUCACCUUUAUGGCAUACUUAUGUCAGAUUAUAGGUGGACGCCGACAUUUUACAGACUACAUAUUCAAUCUGGAUUUAUGCAGACUAAAGAGUCACCAGGCCCAGCAGUAAAUGUGAUUUUUGGAGUAUGAAUAAAUAAAAUAUUUAACAAACUAAAAAGCUGCUGAGACGUCACUCCCAGUCCCGCUCUAACCUAAUGUGAAACAAACACACAAAUACCAUCAGUGGAUGCAUAUGUGCAUGUUUGUGUGUGUGGGUUCAGAUGAUUACCAUGGAAAUUCAGCCACCUCUUCUUAUUACCCAGCAGCCACUUGUUCACAUAAACAGAGUGAUUAUUGUCCCAUUGAUCCGUCUGAUUCUUCACAGGAGCACAUUAUGGCUGCCGUCUUUUUGUCUGCAGCUUCUUUUGUGCUCUGCUCGUCCCUUUGAACAAUGAAUCAUAUUUAGCUACAAGAGGAAACAAGGAGCCGCUCGCAAAAUAAGGAGGUGGCGAGUUAGAGAGGCAGCCAGGACGAGUUAAUGCAGCGAGGGGGAGGCGAGGGAGUAGGAUGGGGACAAGAGUUUAUCGGGUCCUGAGCUGAACUGCGCUCCCCAAAUCCUGAUUAUCUUUUGUUCACUGCCUGUUUUAAAUGUAAAGAAGUGAAAUAGGCAGUUGAAAAUGUGCAGCGGUACAACAAACCUGCAGAAAAAGCUUCAGAGAAAACCUGCUUCAACACUGCUGCUUUUCACAGAUUGAAUCAGAUUUCUUAUAACUCUGCUGAAAUCAAAACCCUGCCAGCUUGAGUUUCCCAUCACACAAACAAGUUUUACAGAUUUCAGGAAUAGAAUACAUUUUUUAAAACCAUCACAAAAAGCGUACACAUACACAUGCAGGUGUAAUUUUGCUGUUGGUAAAACUAUUAUUACACCUGUAAAAGCUGUUCAGCAAUUUUUUAUUUUAAAUGCAUAUAUGUUAUGUUUAAAUUCAGCAUAAAUGAUCCAAAUAAAAAAUUAUUCUCUAUUCUUUUCUCCUCUUUGCAUUAGGGUGCUCAGAUUUCGAGUGUGUAAUCCAUGAAAGGAGUUUUAGGGAUUUAGGAAAAUGAAUAUGUAUUCCUAGAGCAAAGUUUAAGCUGUUUCGAGUCCUGAAUUUGUGUGUGUGUGUGUGUGUGUGUGUGUGUGUGUGUGUGUGUGUGUGUGUGUGUGUGUGUGUGUGUGUGUUUGUGUGUGUAUGUGUGUGUUUGUGUGUGUGUUUUUGUGUGUGUUUGUGUUUGUGUGUGUGCAUGCGUGCGUGCUUGUGUGUGUGUAUGUGUGUUUGUGUGUGUGUAUGUGUUUUUAAGAAAACAGAAGCACAGAACCUCACAAUUGUUGUCUUGUCAGGAUUUAAAGUCCUGAUCGGUAAACAGCUAUGUGUCACCUUUUCUCUGCCCCGCCCACUUUAUAGCAGUGUGACAAAAACGCAUAAAUGUUCUGCAACUUUUGAACUUUAAACUCAUGUCAAAACCAUCAAUGAGAAGAAAAUGAGGAAAAGAGAGCAGCUUUCCUCACUCUGUUCUUCAAAAUUUGAAGAUGAAUGCACGUCUUUAAAUGUGCAUUUUUACAAGAAAGUGAAAUAAGAAUAAUGUUGAACUUUAUUUUAGUGAAAUUUCAUCCUUCAGAAAACUACAUGACCCUCAUGCAGGGAGGUUUCAUAUAUUUUGAAUUUGCUCAUGUUUGAGGCCCCCUGCUGGAUGUGUGUGGUCCUUAAUUGAUGCCUCCUCAGUUUGAAAUUUCAAAUCAUCUUAAAUCUUCAAAUUUCUCCUUGUUUAAGAAAUUAAUUUUAAAUCUUUACUGGACACACAAUUCACCUGGUAAAGAUCAGUUUUUUGCCACUAUCAGCAAUGAAGGAACUUAAAGACACACAGCUGACUAAAAUCUGGUCAUUUCACCCAUAAUAUGUCAAAAUAAGACCUGGUUUUAUUUAAAGGAGGCACAGUGGUCUCAUAUCCUCCAAUCUAAUCUCGCUCUUGUGUCUAAAAACAGUCAAACCUGCAGUUUUUUUUUCUCUCAUAAGCAGACCAAAAAUAACGUCAGCAUCCUCUCUGCCUCCUCCUGCUCUGAUUGAUGCAGUCAGAUUAGAUGUAUGUGGAACACCGACUCUGGCAAAUGAACACAUCAACUGAUGACCAGCUGUUUCUAAUUAUUAUACACUGGUUAAUUAGGACGCCGUGUCACCAUCAGCAGCGGCGGUAAAUUGUGUGAAAUUCAUAAUUCAUGCUCUGGCGUCCAAUGAGCCUCCAUCCACACUGCAGCCUGGAUGGAGGCUCAUUGGACGCCAGAGCAUGCCAAGUAUCUGUGUGUGUGUGUGUGUGUGUGUGUGUGUGUGUGUGUGUGUGUGUGUGUGUGUGUGUGUUUGUGUUCACGCCUCUCCCUCACACCUCUUUCUCUCUCUCUCCCUCCCUCUCCCUCUCUCUUUUUCUCUCUCAGCAGGGUGUGUUUGUAGGUGGCGGUGUGAAAUGUCUGGAUCUCAAAGGUAAGCUCUCCUCUGUUAUUAUUAAACAUGAUGGAGGACUUUAUGAUGUUCUGAGUGAUUCUAUAACAUGCUCAAUUAUUAAAAAUAUGUAACAGCAGAUCAGUCAUAUCUCCAUAAUAAUCAUUAAUGUCAUAAAUAUUUAAGCGUUAACUAGAAUAAAGUGGGACAUCAGUUAAUGACGGACCUGUCGGACUGAUUUCUCUCAUGCUUUGUCUCAAUAAAGUCAUGUUUACAUUCAGUAAAUGAUUAAGUUAGCAGGGUUUAUCAUAAAACUUGGUUAUAAAAACAAAACACAAAACUUUGGUUAUAAAUCUGCCAUAAAAGGGCCUGAGUAAAAUUUCGGAACGACUCCAUCACUUCUUCUACCUCAUGAUGUUUUAUAUUAUUUCAAUGAUUUCUAAAAAUUGAUCAGAAUCAAACAAAAAGAAAUCACUGCAAAAUAAAGCCAGAUUAUCGUCAAGCACAAAAUAAGGCUCUAAAAAUCACAAGAUUAAACAGGGUUGGUGUAUCAAAUGCUGGUGGUGCAGUUCCCACUGGGGUUGUGUUAAUUAGGAAUAAUGUUUUCCAAGUGUUGUUGCAUUGUCCAUUUUUCAUGGGUGGUGCAUUUCACCCAGAAAUGAUGCAUAGUGUAUGUCAGGGGUGGUGUCUAUCACAGGAUUGGUACAUAGGACUCAGUGCGAUGCUUCAAGGUGGUGGUGCAUAUUGCAGAGAUGUUUCAUUACAGGGUUUUACAUCACACAGGAUAGGUGCAUUACACCCUAGGGUGGUGGAUUUCGCCAAGAAAUUAUGCAUUACACAGUGUCAGUGCAUCACACACACAGGUGUGGUGUGUUACAGCCAAAGGUGGUGCGUUACACAAAGUUAGUAACUUUGACAGGUGCCAUCCAGAUUCUGGGUUGGUGCAUUACAGAACUAGCGUGUUACCCUAAGGACUGGUUCAUUAAACAGGGGUGAUAUACCACAUAAAGCUGAUGCACCACACCUAUCAUAAAGUCUUACACUAAGCCGCGGUGCAUGUUUCAGAGCAGGUGCACCACACCACAGUGUUGGUGCAAUACUGAGUGUUGGUGCAUUAUACAGGGCUGUGUUUCACCAAAAGGUUAUAAAUUACACAGCGGCUCUUAACACUCUGAUGUUCCAGACUAGGUGAGAGGCGAGGAGGUUCAGAACGCCAAAAUCAUCAAAGUUAAAGGUCUCCGUAUUUGGCUAACUGCAAAGUUGACCUGAUAGAAUGAGAAUGAGUGUAAACAUGUUUAUUUUGGCUGUAAAGUCUAACAUUUUAACACAGGGCUCUGCGGGGAUUGACUUACUGCAGGACACAGCCUCUAGUGGACAGGAGGGAAACUGCACUUAACAAAACUUUAUCACUGACUCCAUUUAUCAGUUUUUAAAUCAUAUUUUUACUCUUAAUACAGACAUGUAAAACUUAGAUUUAAAGUGAUUCAACCCCCAGCACUUGUUAAGACCUGAAUCAGACUCCAAUCUUGAUUAAACUGUUAAAAGCUUCCAGAUCUGUUAUUUCUAAACCAGAUUUAAUCACACUGGUCUCUACUCUCAGUCUCUUCUACAGAGUUCACUUCCUAGGUCUUCAAAUUGUUCUAGUCCUCACAGAUAUAGAUAACCUCAGCAGCAGCAGAGACGUGCACAUACAGCAGCAGUAUGAAGUCGUGCAUUCGAUGCCGUGAUGGGCGUCACUGUUGUCACACACUGAUGACUCUGACUGCGGGUGUCGCUGCCUUAUUAUCUCACAGACGCAGGGCGGAUUAUAAAAAUGGGAUUUCAGAUUACCCCUCUGCUCCUCUCAGCUAAGUGAUUAUUGUUAAAAGAGGGAAAAUCAUUUUCUAAAUAAUUAUGAUACUAAUUAUCAUCCCCCCUCCCUGUCUGAGGAGAUAAGACAUAGACCAGGAGAGUCACGUGUUUGAUUGGUCACAGUUUGAUCAGAGUCAGACUCCUGAUCAGGUUUACAGAGAGAGGAACAAAAAAAACUCACUGAUCUAAUGAACAGGCUGACAAAAUAUAGAAGGAAUUGAUAAAGAAACGUUGAAGCAAUCAGAUUAUAGAUUAUUUCUAAAAGUUCUCUUUAGUGGAACAAGGCUUUGCCAACAUAUGCAAGGACAAUAAUGUACCUGCAUGAUUGUACAGUUAAUGUAACAUGUCUGCAGAUAAUUUUUAAAAAUUGUAAAUCAACUUUUAAACAAACAAAUGGGUCAAAAGUUGUUGUAAGAAGGAAGUAACUAAGUAAGAAAAGUUGUUUUGAUAUACCACCUUUCACAGAGCACAGUCAAAGUGUUUCACAAAAUAGCAAUAGUAAAAACAAUAACAAUAAAUAGAUACAAAACAAAUUAAAAAUAACAACGGAAACAAAUAUAAUACAAUCAGUCAACAAUUACAGCAGAUAGUCGAAAGCCAAUUUAAAGAGAUGUGUCUCAAACUGCUUUUUUAAAGCGUCAGAAGAGACAGCGCAGCAUAUUUGGACAGGAAGACAGUUCCAGAGAGUGGGGGCCACAAGUUCAAAGGCACGAUCUUGUUAGAGUUGUUAGAGAGGAACAACCAAACAGGUAAAAGUUAGGUGAUGCUAAAAAACAGUUGGAGGAACAUAUUCAAUUAAUGAGGUGAAUUUCCAACAGGUUAGUAACAUGACUGUGUAUAAAAAGGACAUUCAGAGAGGCUGAGUCUGUCAGAAGGAAAGAUGGAAGAGGUUCACCACUCUGUGGGAGACUGUGUGAGCUAAUAGUUGAACAGUUUCAGAAUAAUGUUCCUGAGUGUCAAAUGUGAAAGAAUGAGCGGAUUUAAUCAUCUACAGGCCAUCAUAUCAUUCAAAGAUUCAGAGAAUCUGAGGAUCUCUGUACUAAAGGGACAAGGAGCAAAAACCAAGACUGGAUGGUCCUGAUCAUCAGGCCCUUAGGCAGCACCGCAUUAAAAACAUACAGCACUCUGUAGUGGAAAUCACUGCAUGGGCUCAAAAUCACUUCAAAACCAACACAGUUUAUCACUGCAUCUCCCAAUGUAGGGUAUUGUCACCCUUUUGACAUAAAGGGUGUAACAUGUAAGGUUAAUGAGGGUUUCUUAACACUUAAACACCCUCACCCACUCUAGUGGACACUUGUUGAACUGCAGUCUUUUGCAAUCCAACACAAUCUUGUUUUUUUCAACUCUGGAGGUUGUUGCUUGAGCAAAAUAAGUACGUGUGAGUAAAUGUGAUAUCAAUUUAAGUCUUACAGUAGGUUUCAAUGGUACAAUACACUGGCAUAAAAAUGGUAUCGCAAAGUGGGUCAUAAUGAUCAUAAAAAACGGUACAAUUUCUAAUAUCUAGGCUUAUAAAUUAGGCUUUUUACUGUUUAAUACACUUUACUUUUGUGAAAUAUUUUAGCACAUUUGUACUAUUUUACAGUCUUUUUCAAAUUCCGCAAGUAAAGGUAUCACAUGGGGGUGUAAGGGUAAAUGAGCUGUCUUUAAGACCAUACAGAUGAGUCAAGAUGCUCCUAAAGUUCUUGAAAUUCAGCGCCUAAAUAUACACAAAGCUCAAACAAUUUCAUUCAGUCCUGGGUCUGUUUGUGCAGGUGGAAUAAUCAGACUAUAUUUAGAUGUUUUUGGAGGUUCACUUUGUGUUUUUUCAUUGAUUUGUUUUUUCUGCUGCAGUCAGUAAUCAAUGAGACACUCGAGCAUUCACAGAAAACCGUUCCUCCUGCCAUCAUUAUUUUUGUUUCUGUGUUUCUGAUUGCAUCUCAGAACUUUAUUAAAGAAAACACACAAGCACACGCACAGAGGGAUAAAGUUUGCUCAUGAAGGAAGUUGUUUUGUCCUGAUUUCUGCUGAAACCUUCAUUUGAGAAAGAAAAGGAUGGAGCACAUUUACAGUGGUGUAAUUUUGCCUGUUAGCAAACAGCCUCCAAUUAUCUCCUGUUUGAUUGCUUUCCUCCAUCAAGGUGAGCGAUUAGACCAGCGCUCCUGUGAAGCUCUGGAAGCCGUCCUCAAAUCGCUGCACUUUGAUUUCAUCAAUCUGCAGGCGGCACAACUGGAAGAAAAUGUGAGUUUUAUGAGCAAAACCUAUUUUCCUCAUCUUCGUCUUCCAAUUCCAACACAGUUUCAUAUUCAGGCCUCGCCUGGAUCAGAUUAGGGCCAAUUUUUUUUUUUUUACCUCAGAAAGAACUUCAUAACAUUCCUGUCAAAUUUGGGGCCUGGCUUUCUUCAUUUCUUCUUCUUCACUGUGUUCCUCUUGCAGGGAGCAUCGUCCUUGCUGGAUAUGAUUUUGUACUAUGAAUCUACAACCCAUCUUGACAUGUCUGACAGCAGCAGUAUGGGAACAUCGUGUUGGAGGGCGCUGGCUCAUUUGAUAAAGCAGGUCGGCUGAACUGCUGGAAUAGUAAUCUGUGCGUGUAGGGGGAAUAAUGUAUGUCCUGAAAGUGAGUUUGUUUCACAUUACACCAGCUGAAAAUGCAGGGCCGAGCAAACAGGGACUGAGGUUUACCCCUUACGCAUCAACUACACAAGCAUGUCUGCACAACCACAUCCACAAAGCUUUACAGAUAGCAUUUGCAGCAGAGCUGAUCAGCUGAGAGUCAACAUAUUUGGUAAUGAGUGAUAAAAAGUUGGAGGAAGUUUGAAGUUUCUAUACGAAGAUCCUUUCAGACAAACUGUUAUCAAAGCAGCUGUAUAUAAAAAACUGUUUUUGUAAGUAGGCUACAUCUGAGAAAAAUAUGUUUUGUACUGAAUGUGGCCAACACUGUCAUAAAGAAGAUAAUAUUGUUAGGAUUACAAAAUCAACUCUUAAAAGGGUUUUUCCUGUGUUUUUGAGGGGAGGCUGCAUGAGUGACAUGUCACUAAUCAGUGUUUUCACCACUCAGCGUAAUGAAAACAGCUGAGAGAACCAGCACACAAGCUAGGCUACAGUUUUCUGUAGACUGGGUGCCUCUGCCACACGAUUUAGUUCAUUUAGAGACUCUGACAUUAAUUUCAGUUUUAGUGUUUACCAUCAGAAAGAUCAUUUGUGUUUGCUGUACUUGCAGACGCAACACACAUACAUGCUCUUCUGCAGCAGCAUAAUCAGUUUAUAUUGUCACUGAUAUAUGAUCAAUUUUGAUAUGUUUGCAUCUCAGUUUUGCAGAGAGUCAAGCACCAGAUUACCUGAAGCACACAUUUUGCAACAUUCAAAACAUAGCUGCUCCUCUACCUGAAGUGCCCAGAUCAUCUGUUAGGUCUGUGGACUUCAAACAGACAAAAAUAAAUCAAAAAAUAACAGAUAAAUUAAAAAAAACUGUGAUUCUGUUAGUGUUUAGAACAGGCCAUUUGUUUGGGGCACACGUGGACUCCUCGAUGAACCGGGAUUCAGAGAGAAAAUAAAACGCAACACGAGUUAGCUGCUGAAGCUCGAAUAAACUCGACACACAUCCCUGUGUCCAAAGGCUGAUCUGAGUCAUUUAGUGUUGAACAUCGUGAAAAACCGAGAUUCAACAUUUUAAAAACUCACCAUAUAUCCACAAAACACUGAAACUGAGACAAGUGUUUGUGUCAGAGUCUCUAACUUGGUUAAAUGACAUGACAGAGUUGACUCCAUUUCAGAAAACUGUAGCCUGGCUUGUUUCACAACUAGAUGAUGUAUGAAGAUGAGGACACCCUCACAGGAACAUACAGGGAAGAACUGAGCUUAGGUUUUCAAUUUAUUUCAUUUAUAAUGACUGUAAUCUUAACUACUGACCAUACUCCAUCUUUUCCCUCACACCCUCCGCCUCUUUACUUCUCAUCUUUCACACUAAUGAACACUUGCAUGUAUAUUAACUGUGGUUCUGCACUGUGUGUGUUUCAGAGUGUGCAUCUGUCCAGACUAGAUGUGUGUAACCUUCCUCUGGUUGACUAUCCGGCUCAGAGUCUGUCUAAAGCUCUGCUGACCAGCCGGCUCACUGUGCUAUACCUCCACAACGCCCAGCUCAGUGGGGUGCCUUUGUAUGCUCUGGGUAAGACACACACAGACACACACUCACACCGACACACCAAUGAACACACACUGACAAAGAAAGACACAGGCUGAGCACUACAAAGCCUCAUGAAGAGUCGUUCAUGAUUCAGUGACGUCAUGUUUGUUUGUUUAGCCGUGUGUGUGUGUGUGUGUGUGUGUGUGUGUGUGUGUGUGUAUCGUGGCCAGCAGGACCAGAUUUUGACCCCUGACCCUCUCUGUGGGUCUGGACCCGGAUUAGAGGCCUAAUCUCUUACCUGUCACUUUACACACCGCUGCACACAUCUAUACAGGCUCUGUCAGCCAGGAACCACACACACACACACACACACAUACACACACACACACACACACACACACACACACACACACACACACACACACACACACACACACAUACACAAAUAUACAUAUAUUUUAUUUCAGGAGUAGCCUCUGAAACACAAAUAUGACCUCAGAUAAAUACACUAGUCUUGACAGGGCUCAGAGUAAACAGAGAAGCUGCACACACUGAAACUGCAGCGCUCUCAGUUGACCAAAAAACACAUACUAACCUUUAUGAUAAUGAAACAACACACACUGCAAACCCAUGCAUCUAAAAUGUACAAUCUUUCAGUGAAGACAUCAUUAGAAGCUCCUGCUGAUGCUGAACUCGCUUCAGUCUGAGGUUUAUGUUUAAGAGUGGUCUGAUCUUUGUUAGUGACUGGGACAUCCUGGAGGACACCUCUACAGCUGCAGCUGCAGUCUUACACGUAUAUUUAAAAACAGAUGAUUUUAUCAAUGUUUAGAAGAAAUCCUAUCGGCAGCUGAGCUAUUUGUGAAUAUUUCUGUUUGCACAAGAGCCCAGGAAUGGUGGAAACAUUCACAUAAGCAUUACAGAGCAGUAGAAGGUGUAGAUUUAUAUAUUUUUAUGUGUGUGUAUUUAGAAUAUGAUACAAUAAUAAAGUACAAGAACUUCAUUUACCUUCAUAUAUAGCAGAAUAUUGGUUUGUUUUGAAUAGUAAAAUCUACUAUUUAAAAAAGAAUUAAACAGUCUGAUGGCUGUGGGUACAAAAGAUCUUCUGAAUCUCUCCGUCCUACAGCUAGGAUAGAGAAGCCGUCCACCACCAUUGUUGUUUUUUUUUUAAACAGGAUGUUUGUAUCUUUGCUAUUGUUCCACAGGGUAUGUUUAAGUGCAUCUGUAACUGGGAAUCUUGUCAAGGUUGAAGGAAUAACGAAGAAAGAAGGAUACGUGAAGAUUUUGAAAGAAAACCUCAAGAAGUCAGCAGCAAAACUGGGUCUGGGUCGUCACUUUGUCUUCCAAAAUGACAACGACCCAAAACAUACAGCGCUCCUGGUGAGGAGCUACCACCAGGAAACCAAAGUGAAUGUUAUUGACUGGCCUGCACAAAGCCCUGACUUAAAUCCCAUUGAAAAUCUGUGGGCUGCACUAAAGACCAGGGUACAUGCUAGAAGACCAUCAAAUCUGGAGAUGCUUGAAAGAUUCACCAAAGAGGAAUUGGCUGAUAAUUUUGACCCUGGUAGUUUUUGGUUUUUGUGAAUUUUUUUUUUUUCUGUGUGCAAAGUAAAAUAAUGUAAGGAUCCAAAAUAAAACUAGGAUGUUUGGAAAAGCUGUGUAAAAAAACAUGAAUCUGUUGAACAGCACUUACGAAAUUUUGGAAAAAAAGUUAAAAUUUCAUGGGGGGGGGGGGGGGCUAAUAAUUUUGGCCUCAACUGUACAUCUGCUGCUUCAUCUACCCUCUGUUUAGACAACAAGAAAGAACCACUACUGCCCCCUACUGUGAACGAAUUAGUUACAUGGUGUUACUCUGGCUAUGCUUAUUUUUAGCAUAUAUUUUUGCAUUUUAAUAGACGUUCUCCUCAAAGGUGUAUACAGUCAUGGUUGGUACCACAAAUGUUGAAACAGAGCAUGGUCUGAAAUAAUGAAAGAAAUCACUGCCUCCUCUCUGGCAUCUGAGCUCCUCUGUGUUUCCUGACUGACAGCUGUGAUAUCUGUCACAGCUUCUCUGGCAUCAACACACACAUAUAGAGUCAAUGAAUGAGCACACACACAUAUAAAUGCACUCACCACGGGGGACACAACACUCAGAGGGGGGUUAAGUGCUGGACGUGGACGGACAGGAUGCAAACAGAGACAAACACACACCAGUGCACACACAGUCACAUGUUCAGUAGUUGAUCAGAACAAGAAAGACAAGCUUUGAUAGGACGAGGUGAAGCAGGUAUGAUGAGAAGUUUGAACAAAGAAAUUAUCUAAAUAACCUUUGUGGUCAUUUUCUCAUCAAUAGGACCAAAGAAAUCCCUGAAAACUGUCCCUGUUUCUGACAUGUCCUUGGGACAGAAAAUCCAAACCUGCUCUCACUGUCUCAGUGUCUCCUCUCAGCUGGUGGGGACAAAGACCCAAAUGGACGCAGUAUGAAGUCCACUCUUCACAACAGAAACUUGCUCUUCUCACAUUUUCUACUGUUUCCUGGAUCUCUUUGAUAUUUUAGGGUCUCACAGCCUCCCUCCUCCCCCCUCACCCUGUCCUUCCUGCCUUCACCGAGCCCACCAACAUUUCCCUUCCUCCCCUCUCGGCAGGGGUCCCAACUGAGGAUCAUUGCCUUCGAUCGGAGGGGCCUGUGAUUGCGGGAUUGGGCGCUGGUGGUGGAGUCAACCGGAUCAAUCCUGCCGAUUCCAACAUUUGGUUCCCACUGUGCCUGAUGACAAUGUUGGCAUUCCACAUGCAGCCCGACCGGUCUGAUCAAAUCUGCAGCAUCGAUCUGGACGCCAGGGCAGGGAGGGCCCACAAACACGGACACACAAGUUGCAGUACAGUGUACAUGAAACAUAAUACACAAGGACGGUCUGCAGAACGGCAAACAAACACAUCUCUUAGUCUGAAGAUAAAGAACUGCAAAGAAAAGUUUCAAACAUGCUGAUAUUUGGAGGACGUGUCUUGAGAUUUGGCAGCUGUUUUUUAAAGUCUGCAGCCCGGACUCCAACAAUAGCUCCUCCGUGUUUCUGAGGGAGUGCCACUUGAUCUUUAGCGCAGUAAUUUGCAGGAGGCUGAGUACCUGCUGUGCUCUCGUUUUCAUGCUCAAGUUCACUCGCCUUCAAUCAGCCUGCUGCCGCUGCAACCUGCAGGUCCACAUUUGGCACCAUGGAUCAUAUCUAAUACCAAUUUAAAGAAAUCCAUACGUCUCAAUCUAGGGAGGUGGGGUUAGGGGGAAGUUCUAUCGAAAGUUUGGACUGAAAAUUCAAUGUCAAACUCCAGUCCUCUUUCUGCUGGUUUCUCUGUGCUUUUUAUAAACAGAUGAGGAGGAUACGAGUACAAACUCUGAAAGAAAGAGACUUUUGUUGUCAGAAAAUAAGAGUUUCUAUAUUUUUGUCGGACUUGAAUAUCAUUCAAGCUAGAUCUCCAUCAAAUCUGAUGUGUCUUGUCACAGAAACAUAUUCUUCAUAUGCCAGGACUGACCUUCCAGAGGUAUCUUUGGGCUGUACUGGUAACUGCUAAACUGAGUCACCACAGUAUUAACAAGCUAGCCAUGGAGCAUGGUGGACUAUUGUUACAACCCAAACCUGCACUGGAAACCCGAAAGUCGGUUCUGUUCUGAGAGCUACUUGUCCAUGCUUACGUCAAACCCAAAGCCUGCAGCAGGGAGAGCACACCUGCCUUCUAUGUUAUAUGCAGUACAUGAAAAGCCAAGGCAGGGAGAGAACAAAGCAGCACCAAAGACAAUCCACAUCACUGGUAAAAUCAGACACAGCAUUAAAAUGAAGAGGUGGGCUAGAGGCAGGGAGAGCGGCAGCAAAGACCCACUGGUACUGAACAAAGAAGACAUCAGGGAUUAUCCAUGUGACACUAGUGAUAUCAGACACAGUAAACACAGCAUAAAAAGGAGGAGCUGUGCUGGAGGCAGGCAGAGCAGCAGCAAAACCAAGGAAAGAACAAAGCAGGCUUUAAGACAGUCUCUACCACAUGAGUGAAAACAAAGCGAAGUAAUGCUAGUAGUUGGACUAAGAUCUGAAGCUGCUUUUGCUCAAAAUCUUGCACAUUAGCUUUUGGUUUUGAUAGUGUUUUUGUAGUCUGGACCACUGUUCUGGAUUUGGACUUGUAGACAGGUAGAGACACCAAGUCUAUGAGGAAUUUCUCAGGCCUAUCUUGGACUUGAUCUUCAGGCAUUCUUACAAAGCUAUCAUUGGAGUAAGUGGAGAUGAGUUGGUUUUGAUGGCCAUCUCCAAAAACUUGUGAAAAGCUACGAAGCAAAAGAAAAAAAGAUUUUUUGUGAUCUCUGUGUUUCUAUUUUUUCAUAUAUUUGUGCUCUUACAGUAAAUUUUAGGGCCUUUUCCUGAUCUUUUGAAUUCUCUUCUUCUGUUGAUGUUUUCAGUCAGUGCUCUGAAGUCUAACAGAGCUUUGAAGGAGCUGCACCUCUCUAACAACCAGCUGAACAGCUACCAGGACGCCCUGCAGCUGGGAGACCUGCUGCGGUACAACCAGACCUUACAGACCCUGCAGCUUAGUGACAACGCUGUGGCAGAUGCUGGUAAGAGCUUCAUCUCUUUCUUUCCAGAGUAAAUCACAUGAAUCUACUCAAAGGUCCAAAGUGUUUCAUGAAAAUUACAUUUACACGUUAGUUUAACAGUGUGCCCCUGCAAGUCAAACUGUGAUGAUACCUGCACUCUGGUAGCUUCUCAUUUCAUACUGUUGUUUCUGCUCAAUUCAACUCAAAAAGUCCAAACAGUCUUUGUGUUUCUGCUGGAUUUCCCUCUUUAGGUCUGGAGGAGCUGUGUGAUGGUCUGAGGUGGCAGACUGCAGGUCUGAAGGUCUUACUGCUCAGGAACAACCAGAUCACUGCAGACGGCAUGGUGCACCUGGCCAAGGCUCUGGUGAGGGUCCGAUACCUGGCAAAAGCUGUUACAUCAUAGUCUAAAGAAUUUGAACCAAGGUGAAUCAGGACAUGUUCAACUGCUGUCUGGUAGGCAGAUGAAACAAUUUGAAUGACAAAGGAUGCAAAGAGCUUGGAGUAAAUCCCUUGACCUUUAGAUAAAGGUGUAUUUUUGGUGUAACAUGAAUCAAACCAAUCAGAGCACCUGCUCCGGUUUCCUUUAAGAGACAAGUGAACUUUUUAACAGGUGCAUUAUUGUUGACACAGUCAGCUUUUUCACUUCAAUAUUUCCAGUUGAAAUCAGUAUGUUGAACUUCUCUCUGUCUACUGUCCCUCUAAACACACUUGGAUAUAUGGAGUUCUGAGUCUGACGGAUCACAUGGAAACCUUUUGCUGAUGGAGUCUCUCUAGUGUCACUCACCCCUCUAAAAACACUUAAAAAAGAGGAAAAUUUUUGAUGCCAUAAAGUAUAUGUAGGACUGGGAGACUGUCUUUUGACCAGGGUGAUCAGAGCUGCUGAUCUCAGACUCGUACCUGCUCUCUUUAUUCUGACUUUAGGAACUGAGCCGCGUUCAGCCUCAAACAGAGAAGUCCCUUUCUCAAAUGUCCCGCCUCCACCCUGUACUCUGUUAAUAACAUGCAUUCCUUCUGCCUGAUUGGCAACAUAACUGCACCGUCCUGUCAUGUGAGUGGCGAUUGUAGAAGUCAAAAGGCUUGGAAUUAACAGCCUGUGUCGCACAUACACACUUACACAAACUUACCCUGUCUCCUCCAGUGCUCCCAAAAGAAGAAACACUUUGAUUAAAUAAUAGAUGUGUGUUGAAGAAACACUCAUGUGGUCUGCCAGUCAGCAGGCUGAGUAGAUGUCCUUGCAGGCCGUAAUGAUGAUAAUUAGACCAGAAGCUGGUUGUGUUAAAUAUGAUGGUGAGGAGAGCUGUUAUUAACCUUUCUGAUGGUGCUGCUGCUCUCUGUCCUCAUGAAGGACUCAGUUAGGAGCAAAGACAUGGGACCAGGUCCUCGUGAUUCCCCAGUUUAAAUACUGGCAGCCAUAUUGUCUCUGAAAAUAACUGCCAAUGAGUAAAAAAGUCCCCACACCCUUUUUUCCUUACUUGUUGUACUCUUGCUGUAGUGUUGUCACACUCAAUAUAUGCUCAAAACAGUUAACGGCAUAAUUGAAAAACCCUCACGGUUAAGGUCAGCUCUCACUCACAUCCACAGCACCAGGGGGAGGAAACACAGAGAGACACAGUGUUUGUUUUUCAACAAAUGAAGCACGGCCAUGGUCCUGAUUGAAGGUUAGCAAUACAACGGCGACUUUAAGAAGUGUGAUAAAGCAGUGUCAUUGAUGACACUGCUCUGUCACACAUGAUGAGUUGUUUCAUGUCAAAAUAAAACGUCAAAAAAGACCUUUGUGCAGCUUUAACAGGCCGUUACUCUACUCUAAUUCAAAGAUUCUGUGCUCAGCACAUAUUAUUCUCAACCCAUCCUUUUGGCUUUUACUCUGAAAAUUUGACGUAAUCACUUCCUCCUGCCGCCUAUCCACUCUUUGUCCGUCUGGACUAAAUGAGAAAUGCAAGAAAGAAUAUGAAAACAAAUAAAUCAACCUUUCCCCCUUCGUGUUAGGAACCAGAAAAAAAAAAUUGUUACAUGGCUUUAAUUCGUUAAAUUUCAUCUUACAACAAUUUAAAGAGAUGACGUGACUCCUUUUCAGUAUUCAUAUUUAAAACAAUAUAAAGAGAUGGAAACAAAAGUGCUUUGGUUUAGAGUUCUUUGAAUCAGACAGUGAAACAGUUUUUUUGUUUCUGGAUGACUGAUGAAUUAAAUAUUAUCCAUCUCUGAUUCUGGGCUUAUGAUACAUUUCUUCUCAUAAAUAGAAUUAUGAACAGAAUGUAUUUAUAUCACUUCAUCACUUUGCAACAUUACUUGCCCAGUUUAACAACAUUUGUGACAUUUGGCUCCUGACCAUUCGACUUUUUUGAAAACACGGGAAAAUUUACAAUUUACAAUUUACAAAUUUAAAAAGGACAAAACCAAUUUUCUGACAUCUGUCCCUUGACAUCUGGUAUCCUGCUUUAAAACCAAUGGAUUUCAUCACACUCACAGUUACAAUGCUAGAACAAAAAAGAACCUCUGGUUUUUCUGACCUUUGUGACUCAGCUGCUGCCCCAGAGUCCUUUUAAAUGAGGGGUGACUGCUGCAUGAUGGUCCAUGUGUAGCUUUAAUCUGCUGGUCUCAUACGGUCAUUGUUUUCAGACACAACAGAAGCACGUCGGGGAACCACAACUCUAAGUGUCAUUUACCAUGAUUUUCCCUCUUCGUAGCAUUUCAGCUGUGUUAUGGAUGUUAAACUGGACAGUCUUUAAGUCUGCAGGCUCGCUGUCACUUACCUGUGGAGCUGUGGGGGACAGGGAUGUGUGGAGGUAACCAGGAACAUGGAGCUGCAGAUCCUGAAACUGAGAAACAAGUUUGCUUUGUGAUAGUGAGCUCCAGGAGAAACAGGAGGAAAAGCAAACCCAAACAUACUUACAAAACAAGCCCUAAAAUGAGGUUUGAAGCUCACGUCUUCUUGGUGAGAGCUGUAAAUCGAGGCCUAGUGUCCACGUUUCCAUCCAGACUGUCUGAACAGAAAAUAAUCAGACUCUGAGCUGAGGAGCAGAGCUGUUUUUAACCACUUUUAGUUUCCUCUUCGUCAUGGCAGCUUGUUGAGGGAGGCAAUGGAUGUCUUGGAGGGCCAGAAUCCUGGUCCAGGUUUAGUCCUCUCUCGUUUGAGAGAAUAGAUAAAGAGAUGACUUGGGGAAAUGUCGGACAGACUUCUUGUUUUUCGACAUUUUGUGCUUCUGGUGUUUGGUGUUUUUUUGUUAGACGCCAGCAUGUCAUGUGUGAAAGCAUACUGUGUUUUUGGUGGUUUCACACUCCCACCCCCCUCAAACUUCUCACUCCAACCCCCCCGUGGUUUACGUUUGACAGGCUUCAACCAUGCUUGACUCUCACACACUCUCAACCACGCACUCGCCUCUUUAAUUGUCUGCCAUUAUCCCUGGUGCAUAUCCAUUGGAGCUGCUCGUCCUCCCUCCCCUCCACCCCUCUUCACCGGAGAAGCUUCUCGCCAUGCGUUGGAUGGAAAAAAAAGGGGAGGGGGGGGCUCUCAAGUGUGUUUGUUGUCACAGUGGUGCAAAUUAACUCAGAAGAAGACGCUCUGUGGGUCUGUCGCUCGCCUUCCUGGCUUCCUUUCCACCCCCGCGCUCCGGCUCUCUUCAGAGCAGUGACCAGAGGAAUUUAACAAGGGUGGCGAGGCGAGGGGGCAUGGAGGAGUGGGUGGCACGCUCCUCUUCAAGCUGUUGGGCAGCAUGGGCCUCUUGUGCCCCAGACACCCCCAGCUUUGUGCAGCAGCUAAUCAACCUUCAAUGCUAAUGUGGCUCUGGAGAGAGGAAACAGAAGUUCUGAGCGUUGAACAUGAGAGGAAACCGUUUGAAAAGGAAUAAUAAUCACCGCAUAAUAAUAAUGAUAAUUAAAACUUCCCCGGCUUUUACACACUCACUUGCUGUUUCACCAAAGCAGCGCCAACUCUGGGCCUGAUUGUUGGCAAAGUUUGGGGACAUACUUUACAAAACAGUUAUUAAAAAUCUGCAGAAAAUCCUUGAAUCCAGCCCACACAUUCAUCUGAGUUUAUUUUUCUGCAUGGACUCUGUUUUACAGCCGGUGCUGAAGGUCCUGCAGGUUCUGGAUCUGAGUGAGAACCUCAUUGGGAACAAAGGGAUCCAGGUGAUCCGAGAGCCUCUGAUGCAGAAUGUCUCAGUGCUGCAGCUCAGCCUGCAGCAAACCAACAUCACCUGUGAAGGUACAGACAUGUCUUUCAAUGCAACAACACAGUUAAGGUUGAAUUCUGCAGCUGAUGGACAGACAGACGAAAAAUUAUAAUGAGAUUAUUUUUUGAUUCCAGUCCUUUUGGUGAGUUUGGUCACAGUUUAAGACUUAAUUUCAAAACUUGAUCGAAAUGAUAGUUUCUCAGAUAUGUGCUGUAUCUUCAGUGUUGGAUCGGACUGCAGGUCCACAGAGUUAUCAAUAAGCUCUUCAUUUCCAUAAUCUCAUGAUCUUCACUGGUUACCACAUUUUUAUCUGUUCUCUAAAACUGCAAACAAGUCUAAAUCAAAUGUCAGGUUUGUUCUGUAUUGAUCAUUUAUUUUCAUACAGCUUUCAUGAAAAUGUUGAGUAAACUAAAUAUUUGUAGCAUGGCUGUCCUUUUUAACAGUUCUCUGUAAUGUUAAAGCUGAAGGAGAGCAGAAACUUUAUAUCUUUUUAUUAGUACAAAUAGAAAUUACAUCUCUGAUUAUUGCAUGAAAGAUGCAUGAAGCAUCCAACACCAGCAAGAAGCUUGGUGAGACAAACAUGUUUUAAAGUGAACAUGCAUCAGCAGAAGUGUUCAACAGAAGUGUCUCAGGACAGAUGUAUCCGAUGUUAUGUCACAGAAUUUAACAACAUUGUACAAAGUGGAGCGCCAUGCAGACCGAGCAGAGCCAAUCAUAAAACAGAUAACUCACAUGAAGCAGCAGAGACACACAAAGUGAGCUACAGCAGAGACACACACUCUUUUAAUGCCAACAUCCACACUUCCUGUUAGAUUUGAUCAUCUCACCUUCUCUGUGGCUCCAAGAGUCACUCGCUCUCAUUGUGAGAGACCAGCCAAGUUCUACAAGGAGCAAGACCAGGUUUCCUAAACCAGGACAACAACUUCACUAGGUUCCUGAAGUCAGGAUGUGAUCUUUACAGACACCAAAAGCUAAAAACCUGAUCCAGUCCAAAAUACUCCAGUCCAUGCUAACACUCUCAUAGAGGUUUUCAAAGAGGGUUAUGUAGUCCCAUCAGGUCUGAAGGCCUCAUUUUAAAAGCUGGAGAUCAAAGUCUCCCUUCACUGUCUCUUGCUGUAUUUUUCUCUGAAGGUGUGGUGGCAUUGGCCGAAUUCCUGGCAGAAAGUCGUCAGAUCCAGCAGCUGGAUCUCCGUCAGAAUGAGGUAAAGGUUGGAGGUCUGAUGGCUCUGAGUCUUGCUAUGAGGAUAAACCUAUCCCUGACUGGACUGGAUGUAGAUCACAGACUCCCACAGGAGCAGGUAAGUCCAGACCUGGUGUGUGUGUUUGCAGUUUGGAGUGACCUUUUGCUUUUUUUCUACAGCUAUGAGGUCUCUAAGUUCUGGAUCAUGCAGUCCCUGACAAAAGUCUUGUCGCUUGGGUACAAGUUGACCUUAAGUGCCCCUCAAAUAUAUGUGCAAUAAAUUUUUUUUUACAAGAAAUGUCUAAUUUCAAUCCCAACAGUGUUUGAAAUAAUGUCUUGGUGCCAAAUGAAACUGCUGAAAAGCAUUCUAAUGUUCACAGCUUGGUAAAGCCUACUAAGUCAGUUUUUGCACAGACAAAAGUCUUGUCGCCUUGUCAUAUGAUGCACCCAAUCCAAGAUUACAGCCUCACCUGUGAUCAAUUAUUGACCAAUCAAUUAGUGGGUGUAUAGAAAGAACCACAGCACACCAGACCUUCACAUCAACUGCAACUUAACCUCUGACAACAUGCCUAAGAUUCACCCUGAGACCAAAGCUUUGAUCAUCAAGAGGCUGAAGACCAGAUCCACUGCUGAGGUGGCUGACACCUUCAAUGUGUCUCAGCGUCAAGUACAAAGGAUAAGAAAAAGAUUUGAAGAGACUGGAGAUGUUCAUGACAAGCCCAGGCCCAGCAGACCCCGAAAGACAACUGCUCGGGAGGACCACUUGUUGGCUUGAAAAUCCAAGGCCAGUCCCUUUUCCACUGCAGCAGAGCUCCACCAGGUCUGGUCACCUCAAGUCCCUGUGUCAACCAGAACAAUUUGUCGAAUUCUGUCUCGACAUGGCCUCCAUGGUCGAAUCAGUGCCCAGAAACCAGCACUAAACAAAAAGAAAUUAAAAAAACUUGUGGCAUUUGCCAAGGCCCACAGCCUGCUAAAAGGAUGCACUCUGGAAAAGUGGCAGAAGGUGGAUUUUUCUGAUGAAUCUUCGGUUGAAUUACAUCACAACCGCUGCAAAUAUUGCAGGAGACCUACUGGAGUCUGCAUGGAUCCGAGAUUCACCCAGAAAACAAUUAAGUUUGGUGGUGGAAAAAUCAUGGUCUGGGGUUGCAUCCAGCAUGGAGGUGUGCGAGAGAUUUGCAGGGUGAAAGGCAAUAUCAAUAGCCUAAAAUAUCAAGAAGUAUUAGCUACCUCUUACAUUCCCAACCAUAAAAGGGGUCAAAUUUUGCAGCAGGAUGGUGCUCCAUCGCAUACUCAGAUCUCUACAGCAAAGUUCCUCAAGGCGGAGAUCAAGGUGCUCCAGGACUGGCCAACCCAGUCACCAGACAUGAACAUCAUCGAGCAUGUCUGGGGUAAAAUGAAAGAGGAAGCAUGGAAGACGAAACCAAAGAAUCUUGAUGAACUCUGGGAGGCAUGUAAGACUGCGUUCUUUGCUAUUUCUGAUGACUUCAUCAAUAAAUUGAAUGAAUCGUUGCUGAACUGCAUGGAUGCAGUUCUUCAGGCUCAUGGAAGUCAUACAAGAUAUUAAAUAUGGAUCUCACAGCACCACUACUUGAUUCACUGAUGUUGUGCAACAUAUUUUGUAUUUGAAGUAAAUUAUUUGUUCAAUUUUCACAUUACUCUAUGUAGGCGACAAAACUUUUGUCUUGCCAAAAUCUGACCUUUCUGUGUUCAUUAAAUGAUCAAUCUUUCUUCGGUGAAGGAAAUUUAUUUUAGAUUUUAAACAUAAUUUGGGAGGGUUUUAGCUUUCAUAUGAGCCAUUUCUAAAACCAAUGGAUUAAUGACAAGUCAGGCACUGUACAAGACCAGAGAAGUUGUUUUAAUUUUCAUUUUCUCAGGCAUCAGAGAAAAGUCAUCAUUGUGUUUGUAGUAAUUAAGAAAAAAUGAACAAACUUUGAAACCACGAAGACCUUUCCUAUCUUUGCAGGUUUAACUACUGAUGAUAUAUAGAAAACACACUUUAGUCGAACCAGCUCCUGUGAUGAUACUCUUUAAACAUAUAUAUAUAUAUAUAUAUAUAUAUAUAUAUAUAUAUAUAUAUAUAUAUAUAUAUAUAUAUAAAUAUACAUACAGUACAGGCCAAAAGUUUGGACACACCCUCUCAUUCAAUGUCUUUUCUUGAUUUUUUUAUAUGAAUAUUUACAUUGUAGAUUAUCACUGAAGGCAUUAAAACUAUGAAUGAACACAUGUAGAAUUUUGUACUUAUAAAAAAAGUGUGAAAUAACUGAAAACAUGUUUUAUAUUCUAGUUUCUUUUAAAUAGCCACCCUUUGCUCUUGAUGACAGAAGUACCUUGUCAGGGUUACUUCAGGCACUCCUGUGAAGUAAAAACCAUUUCAGGUGACUACCUCAUGAAGCUCAUUGAGAGAACAGCUAAAGUUUGCAGCGCUAUCAAAAAAGCAAAGGGUGGCUACUUUGAGAAAUCUAAAAUAUAAAACAUGUUUUCAGUUAUUUCACACUUUUUUCUUAAGCACAUGUUUCCACAUGUGUUCAUUCAUAGUUUUGAGAAUCUAUAAUUUAAAUAGUAAUGAAAACAAAGAAAAUGCAUUGAAUGAGAAGGUGUGUCCAAACUUUUGGCCUGUACUGUAUAUAUAUAUAUAUAUAUAUAUAUAUAUAUAUAUAUAUAUAUAUAUAUAUAUAUAUAUAUAUAUAUAUAUAUAUAUAUAUUUUAUAUAUAUAUAUAUGUAUGUAUAUAGUUCACAUUAAUACAAAGGCAGAGAUGUUUUUGUUGGAGUAUUUGCUGAAUUUAAAGACCAGUACUUCCUAAUCUCUGUCUUUAAAGGACCACGGGAUGUUUUCAACAAAGGAAGAUAAAAACGAUCAGCCUGUGUAGUUUGUUAAUUACAGUCUGUGAAUUAUAACAAAUGAUAAAUGAAAUUACACAGGAAAUCUGUUUUACUGUUUUACCUGAAGACUGAGCUAAGGACCGGUCAUGAAUUAAAGGAGUAAAAGUCAGAGAGCCUGUAGUGACCAUAGUAACCUCUUAUAGAUUGAAUCGACCAUUCAACCUGAAGAAUAAACUGUCUCUCUCUGUGUUUUUUGUCUGAACCUGUUCAGGCCUUUACAACAACUCUCUUUAGAGCUCUCCCUCUUAUUUGGACUGAAUUGGUGACUCGAGGAUGACUUCUCCUUCACAGGGUGUGUGUGUGUGUGUGUGUGUGUGUGUGUGUGUGUGUGUGUGUGUGUGUGUGUGUGUGUGUGUGUGUGUGUGUGUGUGUGUGUGUGUGUGUGUGUUGUGAAACAUUCAGACUGGCUGUGGUCACAGAUUUGUCACUUUUAAACACAGGGAAGUCAUUUGUGUCUCAUUUCACCAGAGCUUCUUGUUUUUUUUCCUCCCGUCGUGGCAGCAGAGGCCCGAGGAAAAUGAUGCCAUAACUUUAAUACAUGCCCCUGCUGGAUUCACAAAAUAAUUACCCACACUUGCCAUCUGUUUGUCAUGAUUUUAUCUCUGCUAACUUAUUUGCAUAUUAAAGCAUUAAUUAAAAUCUCUGAGGAGCGUGAUGCUUACUUUAAAAUUAACUCUGAAGGCGAUCCUUGCACAGCUUCCAGAGUUGUUUUAUUUUUGUUUGCAGUGGUUUUCUGUUUGUCUGUGCGUUGUUUACACGAUUAAGUCUGAUUUUUAUGAAAUGUCUCCUCUGGCUAAAGUCAGCUGGCAAGAUGUGCCAGAUUUCAGAGAGGCAGCUUUUAAGAGCUUCUGUGAAUGUGUGUCAUUAUAGCUGGGACUUCUCCUUCUUCUCCUUCUUCCUCCUCGUCUUUCUCACUCCAAAGCCUCCAUAUUGGCGGCUCUGUUUUCAUGCUCUUUCUAAGCCGCCCAGAGACGUGAUUAGCAUUCCCGCCAUUGGUGGGAGUUAGUGCGGCUGGUAUUUUAAGGGAAUGGUAAUAAGGGAAUUUUUAAGCUCUGUCAGGUUUUGGAGUCACACAGCUGGGAUUUGUCUUGGCGUGACACAUCCAGGUGGGAGGAGUGACGAUUGUAUUAAAAAGCAAAUCUUUCCAUCAGGAAACAGCGGGCGGCCAGAUCAAGUGUUCUCGCUCAGUCAUAUCCCGGCCGCUCAGGAAUAGUGAAAAUUUCAUUCUUGUGAAGGAAAAUAAGUGAUGGUUUGGACGGGAGUCAGUGAUGGAGGGGGUUACGGCAGCACUUUGUGUGUGUUCGAACGUGUGUGUGCUUUUAGGAGCAUGCGGGGGGGUGAUUGAAGAUGCGCAUAUUUAAAAGGCGGGAGGAGAAGGUGCGAGAGGGGAGGAAAUGUGGGCUCGCUUGUCUUUGUUUACAAGAGUCUGAUUUUUCAUGUCUGUUGCCACAUUGCUGCUGCAUUUGAUCACUGGCCUGUCUGCUAUUAAUUAUUAAUUAUUUACCCUCCUGAAAUAUUCAUGCACCCGGCUGGCCGGGUGGGAAGCUGCCUCUUCCAGGGGGCAGCAUCUCCAAGGUGGAGCUGUUUAUUCAUCCUGAUCAGGGGCACUAGCAGCUCCACCAUGAACCAAGCUUCCUCUAUCAUGGCGGCCCGGACGAGGUAGACUCAUGGCCUGUUUACCUGCUCCGCGCUCAAUAUUUGUCUUUGGAUUUGUCCGCGGUGAGUCUGUCAGGGGGUUCACACAGAGAUAACGCCACUCUGCAUCUUCGACUCAAUGUCGCAUGUCAGCGAGGUGGAGCUGAGACAGACCGUCCUCCGCUCAGUGAUAAUUACAGUGUGUGAGUGUGUUUGGGUGAGUGUGUGUGUAGACGGCAUUUCAGGAUCAUGUGAGGCAGGUUCAGUUUGUUUUAGAGCACCUGAGGAGGAAACAGCAGCAGCAGACCAGGAUCUCUAAGCGGAGGCCGGUCUGACAGAGUAUUGUAAAGCUUUAUAUGGCUGUACAAACAAAUCUUCACCUGAACCUGUCACACAUUUUGAACACCUGUUUGUAGUUUUAAAACUGUUUUUACUGACCUCAUCCAAAAGGCCCUCAAAAAAGGUCAUCGUAACACUAUCAUCAUAGCAGCACUCAUACUUUUGCGUGUCCUUUAGAUUAUCAUUAACAAAAAGUGAAACAUCAGCUCAAGGGUGCUGCUGAGAACAAUGAUGUGAUGCAGUAACUCAGACACACAGAGCUGUCCUAUCAGCUCUUUAUAAUAUUGUUGUGUUUGCAAUAUCAGCUCUACUCAUAAAAUGGUACAGCGUGCUGACUUUGUGAGACCGGCAGCUUUAAACUCUGUGUUUCUGUGACAUCCAGGAGCUUUUCUGUCCCAUAGAGAGGAUGCGGUACAUGUUCAGACACUAACCUCUGAUGAUUUAUUUAUACAUUUUAGUGAAAUAAUGCCAUUUAUGUUCCUACCUGCCAAUUCUACAUAGAGGCCAUUGUCUUUUUUGUGGUCUGUCGACCAAUCAGAGAUCUUUAGGGGUGACAUACCCCAAAAUUGUGGCCAGUUUGGGUCAUGCGUCAUCUAAUAGACAGCUAGUAGCUUCAAUCUGUCACUCAAAGAGGCCACACCCUGAAUGGAUUAUCACCUUAAUCUAAUGUAAACCGGUGAGCUCAGCAUGAAUUCAGUCUGUACAGUUCUUAUGAAUAAAGGAAUGAUCCACAAAGACCCAAAAUGUUUUUAAGUCAGCCUGUAAACAUUUUUAUAGUUUUAAUCUGAGGCUCUAUGGGGGCUGACUCAUUUUAAGACACAGUCUCUAGUGGACACUGGGGGAACUGCAGUUUUUAUUUUAUUUUUUACCUUUCUGUCAGGAGGUUCAGGAGUGACAUUUGAGACCAGCUACACGUGUUUUUGCCUUUGUCUGUGUGAACAUCUCUGAGGGAAAUCUUGUGCACACAAAGCAGUCUGUGAUGGAUUCUUAUUUUAGGAGCAGCAUGAAACAGAGAGGUCUCUGGCGUGUUUUUUGGGCUUCUCUCUGUCACGGUCAGUCCCUGCAGGGUGGCUGGGUGAUACAACGGCCUGACCAUGCAUGUAGCCACCGCUCAGGUUUCAGAGGCAUCAUGAUGACACGGCUGCUCCAGGGACCCGAGGACGUGGGCAGACACCAGCAACCAGGCAGAACAAACCUCCCAGCAUGCCUCACAGGGCAGUGGGGUGUGUGUGUGUGUGUGUGUGUGUGUGUGUGGGGGGGGGGAUCAACCACUCACCUACUGGAACCACAGCACACAGAGCAGCUCACCCAGACGCAGACUGUUUUUUUUUUUUCUUUUUUUUUUUUACAGCAUUUUUUCCAGGAAUCAGCUUCAGUGAAAAAAUGGAGAAAGAGGACGUUUCUCAAAGACAACAUGUCUGAUAUUUCCCCCAGAGUUAAAAAUGCGUCUUUCAAAGAGAAGCAAACAUCCUCAGAUGGAAAGGAAAUGCCACAAUCAAUGAUUUGACAUCUUUGAAUCAAACUGGAGCUGAAAUAAUGACCAAAGAACAGAUGUGGUGACUGCUGUAUGCACACAAUCAUCGUAUAUGACCGUCUGAUAUUAAUCCAAAGGCAUUCAUUGUUAAAGCAUACUAUAUCAGAGCCUCACAUAAGGCGUCAUUGUCAGUAAAGUUGGCAUUUCAGAUGAUUCAUCAAAAAGGCUCAUGCUGGCUGGUCAAUACAUCCUCAGUACAAACUUUUCAGAGACACUGGUGAAGUCAGAGGAUGUUAGAGUCAUGAAGAUGUAUAGUAGGUACUAGUGAACUGUAAGUGAUGCUGCUGCAGAGCUCUGAGAUCCAGUAAUAAUGAACACUGAGGCUUAACAGCUCUCUCACAGUGCAUGGAAGGUCCAAUAUUAGUGUUCUUUUGAACACUUGGUUUUUUUUUUUUUUACACAUUGACUGAAACAAACAAUCAAUGCUAGAAACUUCAACUGCUAUUGUUCAGGUUAGGCUUGAGUCAUAUUGAAGGCUGAUGCAUCUGCUUCCACAAAUUAUUUGUACAGCUGAAAAUGGUUCUUUGGGGGAUUUAAACGUCUUUGAGUGAAUUGCAGAAACGUACUCACUCACCCAGAAAAUUCCUGAUUUAUCCAGUAUGAGGAAAUCUCAGAAGGAUUCAUGAGUAAGGUGAUGGGAUGGGUAUGGGAGGCUUCAGGCUGUAGCCAUAUACCAUUGGUGUUGUAGCUGAAAUGUUCCUUCAGUAUUCUUCUGACACUGUUGCUACAGACAAGUAGCUCAAACAAACCUGCUUCAAAACAUCUGAACUAUCCCUUUAACUGCUAAAGGGGUCAUAACUCCAGGUCAAUCAACACAGUCAGUACGUUUACAUGACACUUGAGAAAACUGAAUUAUUACCUUACUCUGAUUAAGACCAGGCAACUGAGGUUCAUGUUAACACCUUGGUCCGACUAUAAUCAGAGUUUGAGAACUCCGCUUGGAGUAUGAUCGGACAAUGCAUAUGCGUGUGUGCCAAGCCUCUGUAACCCCGGAACAACAACACCAAAGAAGAAGUGGCAAUAUCAAUGAAAGAAUUUUUGACUCAGAAGCAACUGCAACAUGGCUGAAGCACAAAAGAAUGUCCACCUUUAGAACAACGAAAAAAGUGCCAUUAUGCUUUCCGUCCUGACAGAAACUGACAUUUUAAAGUAUAUGGACGGUCGCAAAACGAGGAACGGAGACAUCUUUAAAAAAGGUCUGGAAACAGUGCAGCAGAAAAGAUCCAUAUUGCCCCCUAGUUUUGGGGAGGAGGACACGUUUAUGUUAAUAAUUUGAUUUUCUCAGCUGCAUGUAUACGCAGACAAGGAGAGAAGUCUGAUUUGGCAAAAAAAAUUAUGAGCUUAGUCUGAUUAAGCUGUUUAUGUAAACGCACUGGGUGAAAGACUUGCAAUCAAGCAAUGUCCUCAAGUGGGCAGUUCAGAACAGCUAUGUCCUCUGGCACUAAGACAGUAGAGUCUGCACUGAGACAGUAGAGUCUCUUUAACACAGAACAAUAGGACUGGAACUCCUGAAGAGUGUAAACGCAGUCCGAAAACUAGCAAUCCCUGGAUGUUGAUGAGUCAUCCAAAUUAUUUUCAAAUAACUGCAUGCAGUACUGACAAUGGACAUGUUGUACAUGCAGUCCUGGCAGUUUAGCAUUUAUUUGAAUAGUAAAUAUAAAAAAAAAAAAAAACAGAAGUGUGGGGUACAGUGAGUGGAAAUGUUAAGUUUGAGUGAUAUCUCGCUCCCUUGCUCAAAAUCAAAAAAGCUCAUGUAAAGCGUUCCAAGUAUAAUCCUCAAUUUGUUAAGUUUUUCCAUCAAAAACCAACAUCAGGUCUAAAGCGCAUAAUACCUCUGCUCUUUCUUCCACCUGUUUUUUUUAUGUAUAGCUGUUUACUAAAUACAAAAAUGCAAAGGUUACUUAUUUGUCUGUGUUCGACAAUGGUAGGCCUGUCGCGAUAAUCAAUAAAUCGCCUUAUUGCUCGAUAAAUAAAAACGAGGUCGGUCAUUUUGCCAGCCUCGAUAAUUGACGUGCGUUUGUUUUCCUCCUCUCUCGCUACCAAACACGCUGGAUGAGAGAAGAGGUCUCACUCUGCGCAUUUUUCUCGGCACCUGGGGGCGUUGGCUCUAUAGCGGAAUGAACGGAGUUAGUGAACCCUCCUAUCAGUCAUUCAGUGUCUUUGUCACGAGGGGGCUGGCGCGCACAGGCACACAGACACAGACUUUUGGAUACAGUGCUGCAAGUGAGCGUCGUGAGUGAAAAGCAAGCAAACAGAAUGAACACGACAGCUUUGGUGUCUAAACCGAACGCAACAGCCCAAGUGUGGGAAUAUUUCAGUUUUAAACCAGUUUUGUUUUCGUCAACCACAAAACUCCACGUGUGUGCGCGCGCGCACGUGUGUCUGUGUGUUGGAGGAGCACAGCAGGCUGAUGAGAGCUGUCAGAGCGGAUUGAAGCUGCUUCUAUAUGUUUAGCGUUUAACUGACUGAGUUUUGCAACUCUGUUUGUCAUUUUCGUCUCGCCCCAUCAACUUAAACGCACUUUCGUCUCGUCACAUUUUAGUCAUCUCCGACUUAUGUUUAGCUCGUCAACGUUACGUCUUCGUCGUGGGUGAAAUUAAAGUUUAUCACUUUUGACACGGUGUACUCACAUUAUUAUGCCAUUUAAUAUCAUUAUCUAUAAUUUAAAAAACGGUGUCAAUAAUAUCGUUUAUCGGCGAUAAUUUGUAGCACAAUUAUCGUCCAGCAAAAUUUGUUAUCGUGACAGGCCUAGACAAUGGUAUAGAAAUUAUGCAAAGUGGCUGCCUCCAUGAAUAAAUCCUACCCUUAGAGGCCUGAAUGAUCUGUAUGGAGGGGUGAGAACAGAGUCAUCUUUUGUGAUAAUUUAGCCUUACUGGAAUAUUUCUGAUCACAUAGUGACCUUCAGAGUUACAGAGGAAUAGGCUAUCCUUCCCUCAAAGAGGACUGCACUUCUUCAAAACCCUCUCAGACAGAUGAAUUCAACAUGGCAGGAGUAAGAAGCAUAAUGUCGGGCAGUUCUCAGAGAGUCUGUCAUCAAAUAAAAUCUGGUCUGGUCCAGCUGGAUCGCUAAACUCCUGUUCUGUCUCUCUUAAAUGCUCCAUUAGAGAGUCGACUUCUCUUCCUGAUACUCAGAGAGGGACAGAGCUGGAUGAGUCACUCUGCAGACGAGAGGGGGCUCGGGUUGCUGAGGGGGAGAUGUUGGCGGUGGGGGAGGUGGGGGUUGGAGAGUGUGUGUUGGGGAGGGGGGCAAUCCCCUGUCCCCCUGCAAACACAAAAACAACAGCAGCAACACACUCCUCGCUGCACUCCUGAUGUAUUUUCAGGCAAAAACAGGCAUAUUUGCCAGCUGUGUAAUUUACUGCGACUCUCAUUUGCAUAUUAAAACCUUAAUUAGCCCCUUUGAGCGUGUGUGUGUGUGUGUGUGUGUGUGUGUGUGUGUGUGUGUGUGUGUGUGUGUGUGUGUGUGUGUGUGUGUGUGUGUGUGUGUGUUUGAGGUGUUGGGGGGUGUAGUCUAAUCACUUGGACGUAUAGUCAGGGGAAGGUCUGGAUGUGGGCUGGAGGGGAGCAGAGUCCCUUUCAGUGCUGGAUCCCCCCCUGUGGACCGGCUGGUUCUGAUACAGAGUGAGAAGGAGGAGGAGGAACUGUGAGAUGAAGAACACUCAACAUGUCUGUGUGUUGUUUGUAGUCUCUCUAACAAACCCCGAGGUAAGACCUGCUCCAUCAGGAGGAGAGGCUGCUUUAAAUCCUGUUAGAGAGCAGAGGUGGGAAUAAGGAUUCACCUCACUGUGUGAACAAGUGUCCAUUUGAAACCUCUUUACACACCAUCACUCCUUAGUCUACCCCUCCGAUAGCAGGUUUAUUUCCCUGAUCAUGCAGAUUUGAUCUCAAACAGGAGCAGGAAAGAUAUAUUUUAAAGUCAGAGGAUCGUUAGCUGAGCCUCACACAGGAAACAGUUGAGAGAAGGAAACCCUCACUGUGUCGGAAGCAUGUGCAGUAUGUGAGCAGUAAGUGUGUGGUUCAUGGACUACUAUCAAAAGCUCAUAAGUUCAGCCAUCUUGCAUUUUUGGAACCACAUGUGACCAUAUUUGGAGAUUAGGGUGGAGCUGGAGAGGAGCCAAGGACUAAUGGUGUCUUUGCUAAAACUCCUCCUGUCAGAGCUCGGCAAAAAUAAAGACGUCUCUCUGUUAAGUGGGCAUGAGAAAUGUUAUUAUAGGAAGUGGAGGUUUGGAAAACGGUGAAGGGGAAGAGUUUUUAGAAAAUCUAGAUCACAUUCCUCUAACUUUAGGGUCUGACUAUGGCUACGUUCAUACUGCAGGUUAUGAUGCACAAUUCGAAUUUUUUGUUAAAUCCGAUCUUUUUGUGCGGUCGUUCACAUUACAACAACGAAUGCGGCAUCUAAUUUGAAUGGAAUGCGCCCAUGAAGUGACCCGCAUGUGCACAAAGCACAAAUUGCUUUCCGUGCCUGUUUGUGUUGUCGAACAAUGGUGACCGUUGUCGCAUAUUGAUGAUGUAUAGGUCAGAUGAAUGCACCUGAGUGUCCACACUGCAGUCACAUUGGAUACAUAUCAGAUUUAUAUCCACAUAAAAAAGAGGCCUGGGUCGGAUUUGAAAAAAUCAGAAUUGCACUGUUCACACUGACAUGAAAAAAAUCAGAUAUGUGUCACAUAUGGUUAAAAAAUCGGAAUUGACCUGCAGUGUGAACAUAGCCUAUGAUUUAAAGGACUAAAGUAAAGUUGCUAACAUGACUAUUUCAAGACGGGAUAUUUGUACCGCUGCUGCACCUUGUCUGUAUAGAGUCACAAUAAGAGGCAAAGUAGCUCCGCCUCUCAUUUUCCUUCAGACAUAAGCUGUGUCCCAUUUCAGAGACCGCAUCGCCGAACGGCGCAUUUGAAGCAUGCAUGAUGUCAUCACGCGGCGCAAACGGUGUCCCAUUUGGCACGAAAUGCUAAGAAAUGCUAAGCGCGCUAUGCACGCUUUUGUGCCGUUGGUAUCCCAGAAUUCUUUGCGUGCCGCUGCACAGCUGCGCAUUUUGGGUGAGAGGCCGGACUCGCUUGGAGACGCAGCGCGUCUUCAAAGAAAAUACAAGAAAUCCAAAAACAGCAGACAGUCAGCUCAGGCUGUAUGAGAGCAUGAUCUCUGAACUCACUAAAAUCUGCAAACCAAACAUAGAUUUAGAGACAACUGAUCUGCUCUGCUACAACAAUCAAAAACAUUUGAAAUAAGAAAGCUGACAAAACUACAGCAGAGGAUCAGGACAACAUUGAGUUUUUUUUUUCUUUUAAGAUUUAGAGAUUAAAGUUGUAAAUUUAGGAGAAUAAAGUCAUAAAGCUGCUUUUGUGGAGGGGGAAAUGACUGAAGCUGGUCAUCUGCAGGGUUAUCUGUAGAUGUAUCAGCGGGUCAUUCAGAGAGUUUUUGUGGUUUCUGAAAAAACAAUCAAACUGAUGAUGAUCAACAUUUGUGAUCCAGAGGAAGUCAAGCUCCGACGAGCACCGCGUCUCUGACACCGGCGGUAACCUACACCUGUAGAGACACCAACUCCUUAUUAUGGCAUAUGGAUUCAUAUAAUAAACUAAAGCUCAAUGUCAUUCACGGAUAUUUACGGCUGCAUAAACGGAUAUAUUCUCAGCAUAUUCAUUUCUUCUUCAUAUUUGCUUAAGCGCGCUUAUCCCGAUGCAGUCGAAAUGAAAUGAGACACAGCCAUAGUAUCAGAUGCAUAAUGGGGAAAAAAAGAUGGCUGACAGGGCGGAACAGCGCUGUGUGUGUGUGUGUGUGUGUGCUUACAAGCUAUGCCUGUUACAUUUGUAAUGUGAUGUGUCAUCAUGCAAAAAGGUGUAAGACUUGUGGUGAUUUGAUGUCAGUUUUUCGCUGAAAGAUGACCCACAAAACGAGCUGAUUACGAAUUGCACUACUUUAAGAUUGUUUCCCCCUAGUACUCAUGGCCGUAGCCAGGUAUGAGGACAGCAAGGUCCGGACCCCACCUAUUUUUUCCGAGGUUUUUUUUUUUCUUUUUCCGCCAAAUAUGCCCAACUGAAUAAAACAUUAACUCAUAAAAACUUGAAACCUCCCUGUGAAACGUGCUUGUAAAUUGUAAAUUGUGGUAAACAUCUAUGGGCUUUGUGUUCUGUUUGAGCCUGUGUGCGUGUUGCUGUGAACAGCUGUUUGAUCAGCUGAUGCAUGUACCCGCGACUGCGCCCUGUGAAACCCCAUUCAAAAACUAAAGAGUUUUUUUUAUUAGCACUUUGUAGACGACAUCCCCGCCCAUCUACAGCUAAGUGACGACAAUAUAUAUUUUUUAGAUAAUUCGGCCCUAGUUCGGCCUGUCAAAUCAUCUGAUCAAAGCCAGUUUAUUUACUUUUAUCCACAGCGGAGAGCGCGCCCGGCGCUUUUUUUUUUUUGAGCGCCCGGCUCAUCAGCUGGCGUGCUUUGUAUAGUGCAGUUCAGGCGACAUCGAAGUUAUUUUUACACGUUUGCAUAAUAGCGCUCUUCUAAAGCCGCUACAAAAUAAACCCAACAGUUUAAAAACCCAGCCCAUCAGCAGCCAUCGCCCCUUGUGCACCAGGUGUGAGUUCAAUUCCUGAUCAUUUGUUUUGCUUAUUCUGGUCUGUGACUUUGCAGUUCGUAGCAACACAAAGGAUGGCUGCUAUGUAAGUGGGCCCAAGCUGGACAGGAACACACAGUCUACAUGCAUUAUGUGCAUAAAAAAGGCAUAUUCAGCAAGUACACAGGGAAAUUAUGCCCCACUGUAUUCAUGUCGAGUUGGCUUUAUGUUCACUGAAGCCAAUCUGAUGAUGUUUGUGACACAUCUGUUGAUCAGGGCUCAUAAUGUGUCGCCGUGGGAUCGAAUUCAAAACAGAUCUAGAAAUCAACCCCAGCAGUGACUCAAACCUUCUUUAAGCUUUGUUUUUUCAUCUCAUAUCUUGGCUGUAAUGUUUUUUUUUCUAAUUUGACCACUGAAAAGAGAAGACCAUCUUACACAUGAACCAACAGGCCUAAAGGAAAUAAGUUAUUUUUUUCACAUUUGCAGUCUGUUUUGCUUGUAAGCAGGUUAAAUCAGAUUUAUGUUAAGUAUUUUUGCAUUCGUUGUUGAUUGAAAAACCUGAUAUUACAGCAUGUCAGACAAAACCCACAAACACAGGCUGAGUAACAGAGGUCUGAGUCAUGUCUUGGUAGUAGUGAUUCAUACAGGAGCAGCCUCCUCCAGUGUUUAAUAGUGUAGGUAAUGUAGAAGUGUAGUUCCUGUAGUGUCUACUUGGGGCAUCAAACUGAGUCAGUCGCCAUAGAGCCUCAUGUUAAAAUUAUUUGUAUUAACCUUUAUUUAAUCAAAUUAGACCCAUUGAGAUCAAGAUCUCUUUCACAAGGAUGACCAGGCCAAGAGGUCAGCAGCACACGUCAUAAGAAAGGUUACAUAGAAGUGACAAUCAAAACGUAACUGCAUAAAUAAAUGUGUUUACAACCCAGUCCAAAGAAACAUUUUUGUCUUUAAGGCUCAUGACUACAGGCUGAAUAACACUCAACAGUUUUCAUAAUUCAGGUUACAUAUUUGAUUUUAAAGAGCUAGUAAAAUUUUAAAGGUGGGGUAGGCAGGAUUUGAGGAAGUGCCUGUUUUUGGGAGAAAUCUUGAAUGUAAACUCUACCCCUCCCAACCAGUUUUCCCCUCAGCUUCUCCUCUCCCCUCCCUCUCUGCUCCAGCAAGCCCCGCCCACAAACAGAUGUUCCUGCUCGCUCAUAUCAUUUCAAUUAAAUUCAGAUAUAAUGCAGCUAAAUACUUCAGAUAAUUACAAAUGGGACCAGUCAACAUGAAAGUAAAAAGCAUUGGUGCUACUGUAGAUGCCAACUGAUUACCAGCAAACACAAUGUUUGCAGGACUUCUACAACUAGCUAAAACUAGUCACUAGAAAGUGACAUACUCCAGGACCAGAGGUAAACAGUUUAGUGGUGCUACCACAUGCAUCAGGUCCCGUUAGACAAAGUGGUUUACCUGUCCGGCAGAAAGGCUACAGGGUCCGCAAGAUCUGAAGCAUCCCCCUCUUUAGCUCUUGUCCAGUCUACCUCCAUUUUAAGCAUCCGUUAUUCCACCAGAGUCUCCGGUAUUACUUUGUUUUCUUGCUUGUGUUGGCAGUCGUGGCCAAAAGAGGAUUCAGACAAUUUUCCGUACUUUUUGGUUGGUUUCUACUGUCGGAUAUUGUAGCACGCUGACUUUGUGCUUGUGCAUGCUAUUGGAGGACAUGGAGUGUGCCUCACAACACGAGGGUGCAGCGUCUGCCUCACAACCAAUCAGCACCAAGGAGCAGCAUCCGCCUCACAACUAAUCAGGUUGGGGGAGACGGAGAGUGGCUUUUUUCACAGUCGGAAUUGAUAGAGCAGUCCGCUCAAAAAAUGUAAAAUGUUGACUACACAGACAUAAGAGAACACAGCGAUUUCAUGAUAUUACCGAAUGUCAUCAAUAAAUAAUAGCUAUUGACUGAUAUUAAAUAUAUUUUCUGUAUAUACUCCAAAAAAAAAGAUGCUUCUUUAAUGGAAUCCUGCUUACCCCACCUUUAAGUAAAGUUCCUGUGGUGAAACUUGGUUGCUUUGUGAAAACUUUCUCCACUGUGCAGCUAUGCUGGCACACAGCAGACAGUUCGUUUCCACUUUUUCUGUGGAGCCAGGAGGUGGUUUUAUGCAGAAGAGGCUUUUCUCAGUGGUCAUAGCCCAGUAAGUCCACAUCUCCCAUUCAGACAUGCAAGACGCUUGCUCAAACAACUCAGCAUAAUGACCAAAACACUGCGAGCUCUGCAAUUGAUAUUGCCCUCUUCUGCAUAAGGGGGCAUAUGUAUAUCAGCCCCGUAUAAGUGGGGGUAUCGGAUCGCAUCGCCUUUCAGCCGCCAUGUCCUGAGGCGCCACGCUCAAACAGUCACCCAUCAGCGGCUGGCAGCCUCUCAUCUGACUACCAUGAAGCCCCAUGCGUGUCUUCCCUCCUCGCCCCCUUCAUCCAGCAGCCACUUCCCUUUCACUUCUGAAUGGCGGGCUGACUGCAGAAAUUGCCCCUGUCCACCAUGUGCACUGAAUAUUUAACUAUGAAUAUAAAAUUUCUUGGCAAGACUUCAGCCGACUCCAAGUGAGAGCCCUUCAAACUCUCCUGACACAGUCGCACCCUCAAGUAUCGUCUCCCUCUUUGCACUGCAGGAUCGAUCAUCCCUUUCUCCCCGUAUGGAGGGAUAUCAGAAGAAGACCGGAUGGAUGAUCUUCUCUGGCUGGGCACCAACGUCAGCAACUCUGCUGCUGAAGCUCUGAAGAUAAUAAGGUGAAACUCCUGAGCAGAGCAGCGGAUUCACGUGAAAGAGAAAAAAAGAAAUGCUUUGGCAUUUUGCCUCCUUUCCUCUCUUUUACUGUCCUUCCCUCUUUCUUCCCUGCCAGACAUGUCCCCUCUCUCCUUCACCUUCAUCCUCACAGGGGACAGUUUUUCUGAUUGCAGAUCAAUACUGGCCUGCCAUGAUCAGCACUUAACAUGUUUCCCUCCUGACCAUCAGCAGGAGCCAAUUUGUUUAUGGAGAUUUAAUUGAGUUAAUGUUUAAAAGCAGGGCAGGAAGCAGGUUUAUAACUCACCCUGCUGCCUGAUAUGAGAGUAAAAGAAGAAGCUAAACUGGGUGAAGGAUAUUUGAGCACGAUCAAGGCCGCGGUCAAACCUGCUGUCUGAGCUGAGGGUCAGCCAUCCUCACAAAAUGGAUCCUUAAGGAGGAAAAUGCUUUUACUGAAAGUGUCCUGGUGCUGACUUUCAGUGUUUAAACACACCUGAGUGUGAGAGGAGAAGAGUCUGACUUUGUUCAGCAGUGUCGAAAUCAGAGAACUUUGUGUUUGAUGAUUGUCUCCUUUCUUCAGUGUCGUCUGUUACAGACUCGAAAAAAGAGCAAGAGAAGCUGCAUUGUCGGAGCUCACAUCUACACAUUUGAUAAAACUGCUGCUUUACUGUGCUACAGUGAGACUCCAGUGACAAAUAUGUCUGGGGAUGACUUUAUCACUCUAAAUAGUUCAUGCUGGUUUAGUACUAAAACAUGUUUAAUCAUCAGACGAGGAUUUCAGAAGAAGACCUUCCCCAUAUCAAGGCCUGAUACCUUCAGCAGUAAAGACAAAUGAAGGACUCGGCCUGAUUUGAGGAUUCGCAGUUUUCAUCCGCUAACAAAUGGCUGCAGACCAACACCUAACAGUUUGUUAGAGGUCAAGGAAAACAUGAACAGGGCUUUGUUAAUGAGAAGAUAAUAGCCCAGAGUGAAGUUCAGCAGCACAAAGAUCCAGCUCUCAGUGCUCUGAAAUCAUCUCUUUGGAGUUUUUGUGAUUUUGAGCGUAGACGUUUUGACCCAUGAUUUUAUUCUGACCUAUCAGCAGUGAAACUACAUCUUAGUGUCUUCUGAAGGACAAACUAAAAGUCAUUGUGAUCUCUGUCUUCCUGUCCUGUCCUGUCCUGUCCUGCAUGUCCCUCAUCCUCCAUUCUUACAGCCCCCUCCUCUGUCCUGUUGCCCCCCCCUUCUGGUCCAGCACCAUGGAGGGGAGGUAAUUGGAUUUGUUGUCACCUCGGCUGGCUGGCAGGCCUGGCCUGUCUGCUCAGCUUAGUGAUGAAGAUAUCAGUGUGACAGGGACCCUGGGAGAGGAUCAGCUGGUGUUCUGGACUCGGCUAAUAAAGCUGUGGUCAUGCCUUGGCCAUGCUGCCACGGCUGCAGCCAGCUGUUACCUCUGCCACCUCUCACUGAGUGCUUGAGCCUGUUUCACAGGCCACCAUGGAGGACGAGGAAUGGGCAGUCUUAUCAAAGCAGAUGCCGGUCCCCCUUGCUCUGUGGGAGAGGUCAAAGGACCCUCUGCUGUGGUUCCGGGCGAUGCUGGCACCACACGUCGCUGUCCUGGCUUUUGCUUUGACGCUCGGUGUCACUCGGCGUCUUAUUAAAGUCUGACAGGAUGAGAGCCAGUGUCUGGAGUUUAGGCUGCAGUGACGCUGUCCCCUGAAUCACCUCAUCAGAGAUCGUGGGGUCAUGUCCUUUGCAUCCUGCAUGAUAUCCUCCUCUUCAAACACUCACUAACUCCUGAAGAAAGAAACUGGGGUUGAUUUUUUGAAGACAGAAGAACAGUUUUUUUUGAAAGCAGGAAAUAUUUUCCUCUUGCAGCUCAGAAAAGAAGUGUGUCAGGUAGAAAAUUCAGAGUCGCAGUGUGAAACUAAAAUGAGGUCUAUGAGCAAACCAGUUUGUUAUUGUGUAAUUAGUGUGUGACAUACUGAAGCAAAACUAGAUCGGACCUGAGCAGCAGAGUCACAGCAAUGAGGACUAAGGUCAGGACAGUGAGACACAGUGAAGACAGUAGUGACGAUGUGGCUGUAAAAGCAAAUCAUUGUCAGACCUGUUAGCAGGCUCUGAUUUUAGCAGAAGGACUCUUCUGGUUUGUGUUUGUGGUCUGCUGUCUGAGCUGGAUCUACCAGUUGACGCAGGUUUAGGGUCUGCAUGGGAAACAUAGUCUAUUGAGGAAGACUCAGUAUCUGUGGGGAUGGAGAAAAGAGUCAACUGAUAGGAAAAUCAGUUGACUGCUGCAUUUCCUAAUCACAGAGUUGUUAAUUUUUUUAUUAUUUUUUUAAAAUAAUUUUUCAUUACUUAACAAUUUUCAACUGGGCAGAAACAAUUUUGGGCAUCUGCAUGAUUAACUUGCAAGCUAUCUUAGAAUCAAGUUAUUAUGAGUUUGUUGCAGUAAUCUCAUUUGCACAACACAAUGCAUCAAGAGUCCAUUCAGUUAGGGUCAAAUGACUGAUAAUUAUAUUCUUGAUCUUAGUCCUCUGUGCAGCUGGUUAAUCUCUGCUCAGUGUUGCCCUCACACAGGAAGACUCUUCGGGAAGUUUGGACGAGUGUGUGUUUGUGUGAAGUUGACGAGUUUGUCACAGCUGAUAGAGAAGCUUAAACUCCUUCGGUUCUUCCACGUAUACUUAUGGUUAAAGUAAAAAGAAAAAUGAGAGCAGCUUGUAUUAAAGCGCACAGAUGUUUGAGAGAUGACGCUGCAGUGAUAACAACUUGAAGUCCUACUCUGACCAUUUUUUUUUCUUUUUUUACAGCUUGAAGUGUUCUCAGUGGUCUUUAAAUUGUGAUUAUGGAGUUUUUAACCAAAAUCAUGUUACCUCUGUCAUUUUAAGGGCUUUUCUUCUGUAGAGCUCCAGUAGCUCAUUAGCAAUUCACCUCUGAGUCGUGGCCUCUCUUAACGCUAGCCAUAACCUAAUAUUCGGGUGUAGUAGAAGUGGCAGGUAACAUUGGAGCUAUUCAGCUCUGCUUUCUUACAAACAUUGCAAUCCACCACUGCACACGCUUGUUCUGCGAUUGUCCUCUCUACUUCACUGAGUCUGGCCUGCAGAGUGGGGCUCCAGUGGUGGAGCUAGGAUUUGUGACAUAGGAAAUCUCACUGUGUCUGAACCUGCUGUUUGGGUCUGGGAGAGGUUCACAGAGCCUUGAAUGCAGAAAUACUCAGAAAUACAAUUUUGCUCUUAGUUUUCUCAUAAUAUGUCCUGUAGCAUCAGAAAAAUGCCAUAUGAACAUGUAGACAACAAGAAAAACAUAAUUUUUAUCGGAGUGGGUCUUUAACUUCUGGUGGUUUGUUGGAUUGGUCUAUAUCGAGAGCAAAAGUAGGCAGAACACAGUACACCAACUCUCAUCACUCAAUAUUGGCAUGACUUUUCAUGCAAUUUCAAAGCUAAAGGAAGAUGUUCAAAGUCAGAAUAAAAUCAGGAGAGUUUUGCUAGUUGGAGUGCUAGUUGGAAAGUAGGAGUGUCCCCCUGGGAUCUGGUUCAUUUAGUGUCAGGUCUUUCAGCAGACACAUUGGCCCUGUUUACAUGGGUCCAAAAAUCCUAUUUACAAUCAGAUUGAAAGGUCAAUCAGAUUCAAAAUGUCUCAUAUAAACACCUUAGCCAAUCUGAUUCACCCGGAUCUGAUUGUAUUUCGGGUCGGAUUGUAAAAUGUAGUCCACACCGGUUGAUAAUCCGCUCCAUGCUCCAUAUAUACGGCUGAGUGGAGCGGAGUGGGUUUACAGAGAGGCUUGUUCGGUCUGUGCAGGCACUCGGUAGUACGGAAGAGGCACGUAGUGACAUACGCAGAGCGCACCCAAACGAAAACAAACAUGGCGAACAAACAGAAAAACUGGACGGUGAAGUGUUAAAGUGUGUUGUUUCGUGCGACUGACGAAGCGUACACUUCUUGCUGUGUAACCCGGCUGGAUUAUACUUUUAUUAAACUUCAACACAUAGGGUUCCUUUCUCUGCUCAGUCUGGUGACUCUGGCGGUGUCACACACAAACACGUCCGUGCGCAACUCUAAAACAGAACUAAAACAAUGGUUCCUAUUAACAAUUCCCAUUGAUACGAUAACAUACAACUGGAUUCAGCUGGGGCCAUGAAAACACAGACUGAAUGUGGAUCUCUUUACUUAAAGUUCAUGUAUACAGAUGGAAUCAGAUUCACUUAAUCCGAUUGAUUUCAAUCAGAUUGAGGAAAACUACCUAGUAAACGGGGCCAGUUUCAUCAGUUGAACUCUUAAGUUUUAGUCGAGAAUUUUUUACUCCACACAUUUGUAAAGGUCCAAGAAACAGCCCCAGACAGACUCAGCUCUCUGGUCUCUCAGCUGCAUCUUCAUCUUUGAUUAUUUAGAGUUGGUCUUAACUACAAAUGCCUCCUACAUUCACUCUCUAACUUUCCACUGACCCUAAAACACAUGGAGGUUUUGACAAAGAGUUGUUAACGAUAAUUGUGAUUCCCUCAUAUCUAGUUGUGUCUUAGUCACUGACAUGCAUCGGGAAAACUUUAAGAAGGAAAAAAAAAGCAGAUAGAAUCUCUGAUGGUGAACCUGCUGCAGAGUGUCAAAGGUGUCAAAAGGUGUCUCAAGUAACUCAGGGUGUCAAAGGAAUGUAUUAGAUUGGGUAUAUAUUCUGCACAGAGGAUCUGAAUGUCCAACAGUCCACCUGAAACAUUCUGUCUCAUCAUCAUCCCAUCAACAACAAAAUCAAGUUUUAAAUCAUACAGGAUCAUUUUAGUGUGGAGCCUUUCUCCCAACCUUCAAACUGCACAUACACAUGGAUCAGGCUUUUCACUGUAUACAUUUCCCACUUUGUGUGUUUGUGGCAUGCUCAACUUUCAGGCCCCAUUUAUACAUAUUCAAUGUUUAUAAAUGAGUCCCCAGAUUUACAUGCAAAUAAGCUGGUCCUGCAAAAUGAGGGGUCACCCACAGGGAGGAGAAAAGGUGUUGUGAAGGAUCUCUGGGUUUUGUGAUUUGAUGUCUGAUCAUUCAAAUUUAAUCAGUAAAUUAUUGAUCUAACUCAGUCAUAGUAAAAAUAUACGUCAGAUGAUACGUUUCUGUAAUUUAUGUCACAUUUUGAACUAAACUUUGCUUCAUCUGUGAAAAAAAUCACAGACAGAAAUAUCAACGACAGCGUCUAUAAAAACACGAAGAGCUGAUGUUCAGUUUUAUCUGCUGCAGACAGAAACAACCUCUCCAAGUCUCACCUGUGUGGAUUCAGGGACGAAUGUAAGAAAGUUUGAAAAGUGUGACGAUCAAUUAGUGAGAAUUAAAGCAGAGCAGAGCAUGGCCGGGGGUCUCUACGGUGGUCUCUGCAGAUAAUCAGCAGCCCCCCAGCCCCCCGUAAUCACACCGAGGAGUGUUCGCUUUCACACACCGCUGCUAAAGAGAGGGAUUAGAAAGACACACACACAGAUAAAUACAGGGCAGGCUGUGUGUGUGUGUGUGUGUGUGUGUGUGAGAGAGAGAGAGAGCACUGUGAGGUCAGAAAGUAUUGCACUGAAGCAGGAGGGUUUGUGUUCAAGAGAAACAGGAAAAAAGAGAAAUUCAGGUUUGGAAAUGUGAAGAGAUGACAAAAAAAAGAAAAUGUCAGUUUGUUAAAUUACUGAUUUGAAGUUUUCUACAGACAUUUUUCCUUAUUUUUAAUCUGGACUCAUGCUUAAGUUUUAACCUAGCAGACAAAAAUAUGAGUCUUAUGUAAUUCAGGCAUCACUGUAAAUUUGAUGUCUGAUACAAAUCAAAUUAGUCAUGUGAGUGAACUUUGUACAUAGUUAAUGUAAAGAUAUGAUUAGACAUAUUUGUCAUCUUAUGACUGUUUACAUGCUGCUCUCUUCAUUCACUUAUUCUCUAGAAUUGAGAAAACUGAACUCCAGUAAAACAAAACAAAAACAAACAAACAAACAAAAACAAAAAACUGUGAUGUAUAUUAAGAAUCAUCGAGAGGAGAAUAAUCUAGCUGAUAAAUGAAGGACAAACUGAUGCUGACCGUCAGCACUUUUCCUCCAGGUCUCAGGUCUGCUGUAGAACCUUUUCUGACCUCAGUCAGAGGGAAAACAGACGCAAAAAUCUCCCUGUCGAAAUUAAACUAUCAACUAUAAACCAAGGACUGGCUGCUUUGUGGCUACAGGUUUGAAAGAAACAGUUGGGUGAAAUUCAGUUCUGAGUAAAAACCAAACCAGUUUGUCUGUGGACAUAGACCGUGCGUUUUGAACCAAACAGUGCAAACUUGUUUCUAGUCAUUAUAAGUCCAAUUUUUGUGAGCUUUUGCCCACUCAUAUCUCUUUUUCUUGUUCUGUGGACGAAGUCGUGUUUUUUUGCAGAUACACAACCCUUCAGACCAGCCUUUCUUAAAUAUCAUUUCACGGUUGUCAGAGAUAUGGGUUUCAACCUUGUCAUGUUGAUUUCCUCCCUAAUUUGUGGUGCUGUCUUUCGCCGAUCUCUCUUACUGGUGACAAUAAUGUGUUUAUCCUCUGCUUUUGUAGUAACUCUCUUUCAUCCAGGUCUUUUUCCAUCACCAUAACUUCCAGGUUCCUCUAGUCUCUUCAGAGUGUAGUGGACUCCUUUGUUAAACACCUUUAGGCGUUUUGCAGUUUUCUCUUUCUGUGUAUCCUUCUUUCCUCAAUGUACAAAUCUGUACUUUUGUUUCUUUACUCAGUUGCCUCUUUCUAGCCAUUUUUGCGGUAGUUUGAACGCAGUUGAGAUUUAUUAGGAUUUUUGUAUGCAGACUCUCAAAAGCCAAAAAGUUGAAGUGAAUAAUUCAACUGUGAUUUGUUUUUUGCUUUUGCUUAUAUUAAAGGUAAAUGGCAUAAAAUGGUGCAUUUCCAUGAAAGCAACAUCUGAUCAUGGAGUAAAUACAUCCCAAAAUACAUAAAACUCAUGCUGGAUUUAAAAAAAAAGCAUUGUGAACAAAAACUUGAAGUUACUCCCAACUGUUCGGCCUGUAAUGGCCUUGCUUCCAAACUUUUUGCCUGUAGUGUAUGUUGUGGUUCUGGGGUCUGUUUGGAUGGACUUUACUAUGGAUUGAGUCUGUUGUCUGUGGAUUCAGAUAAGUUGUGCAUUACAGGAUGGGGAAUGCUUUAUAAGAGAUCUUUAUUUACUUUUAUUCCAAAUAAUUGGGUUUAAAAAAAGACCCUAAACACACCAGAACCAGGUUCAGUUAGUUCACGUUUUACAUGUUCAGUUGUUUUUUUGUUUUUUUUUUACCACAAACUGAUAAUCAGCAGAGAUAAACAUAAACUAAAAUCCUGAAAGAUUCCCCCCUAAAGGUCCUUACACACCGGGAGCGUUUUUUUUUUUCAUUUUUUUUUUCAAACCCGUAUCCUGUCAAUACAAGCAUUUACAUCAGCAAUGUUUUCCCGUCCUGCGAUAUUGUGGCUUUUUUUUUUUCACAUCAUGGUCGAAAGUUUCACAUACUGUGUGUCCACUUCUGACCAAUCAGAUUGCAUGUUGUUGCAACUUCAAAUUCACCGGUAUAUCCAACAUGGCCGAUCGGCUGAUUGUUUAUGUAUCAGAGAACUGAGUGCUUUUUGCUAAAAAAAGAAACACAAAUAUUACAAAGAUAACAACCUGAAGGACAACUUGUGGAGAGUCAUAGCGUCGGAUCUCUCAUAUAACGAUAGCAUAUGUGCUUUAACAGUUUGCUAAACGUCUUUGUUUUAACUUUCAUCUGUGCUAACUAACUUUAGCUUGUAAGCUAACUUGUUCAGAUACAACAUAGCAUACGUAUUUUCACUGUCUCAAACUCAAUCGCGUUGCUGUCACAGCACCAUUAGGUCUCGGUUGUUACCUCACGUUUAAGGAUUAUAGCUUAAUGUGCUUAUCUGGUACUGGCCCCGUCUCAGUAUGCUAUCAUGACAGACAGCCAUCUCAACACUAGUGUCUAAUCAGAACUGAAAAACAGUCAGUCUGCUGUUGUGUCAGUCUUCUCGCUUCCACCUGGGAUGCGUCUUUUUUCCCCUCAGAAAUUUGCAAAAUUGCAUUGCGCUUGAUGUGUAUAGUCAGGCGCGUCAAAAUUCACCUCUGAAUAUUAUGUACUUUGCGUCGUAUAUUUGCGUCGUUCCCUGUGUGUAAGGACCUUAAGACCUCCAGGUGGGUUUAGUCUGUGACUGUUUGUUACUUAGUGAAAUUUAGAAGCUUCCUUUUUUUCCAUGUCAGUGUCCGUUUCUAAUGUAACUUCAAAAUCACAGUCAGUUGAAGAUACAUCAAUUUAUAUAUUUGAAACUGUUAUGUUAACUGGUCAGUAUGAAAACUUUGUGUUUCCUGACAUAUCACACUAGAAACAAUUCACAAAAUCCAGGAAAUCGUCUCUUGGCUCUGGAUCUAUUUUUAAUAUGAAUCUGAAGUCAAACUCACAGAUCUGCAGUCAGCUGCUGUUACUGCAGGACCCUGAUGUGUGACCAGGUGAUCAGUAUUAACCUGAUUAAUCAAUUCUCAUUAAUAUUCAGCGCUUUAUUUUAAUUUCUAGAUGUUCCUCAACAUCAGACACUUCAAGUACAGUUGGAAAAUUUAGAAAACCUGCAGAAGGAAUCUGUCGAGUUCCAAAAGACACCCACCAAACUCCUGCUCAAAAGGAGGCAAAUUAAUGUGUAACAAAGCACAAAGGCAAUUAGUGAAAUAAUUCCCCCCGCAUGAGGGAUAAAAUGAAAUGUUCAGAUGAUCGUAAAUGAAAGUACCUACCUGUGUUUCCGUUUAAGAUGCUUUUUGAUAUUUGAUUCGCUCUGUUUUCAGAGCCCGUUGAUUUUAUUCCAGCAACUUUUGUUUUGACAUUUUGUUAACUGACGCUCUCACAGUGAGCCUCAAUAUAAUUAUCAAAUCAUAACUCCCUAAAUAUGUUGAUGCUAUAAUUAUGGAAAAAAACACACAACAUUUAGAGAGGGAGAAAAAAACAAAGUGUGUGUACGUUAAAGCAGAAGCUACACCUCCCACCUUUGAAACAGCAGGAUGCUUUUCCUUUAUUUCUAAUAACCUGACAGCUCCAAUGCACAACAGAUUAUUACAGCAUCUCAUUAAUGUCUUUUUAUUAUUUUUUCUGUGUGACACUUCAUUUGGAUAAGUUUCAGGAUGUUAGGAGGAAAACAGCUGCAAGAUUUCUGAAGCGUUCUGGCGAAAGUGACAGUUUCUGCUCCUUCAAAUUACACUUUUACAGAAUUAACCUCCGUUUGCAUGAUGAUCAUUUAACACGAUCUGCUUUAUUUUGCUUCAUAUUCACAUAUUUACAUGUUUAUACUUAUUUUCUGAAUGUCACACAGAUGUAUUCAUCCUUAUACAUUUCUGUAUUUACUCUGUGCAUCGAAACUUCAGUGUCAAACACCUGAAAAUACAACAAAGAUUUUUGAUGAACAUAACAUAUUCUCUCCUCUGUGACACACACACACACGCACGCACGCACGCACACACGCACACACGCACACACGCACACACGCACACACGCACAAACACACAGAGGCUGCAGAUAUUUGGUGUACAACAGUGACAUCUUCAGUCAGAGUGACGGAGAGCUGCAGACAGAUGAACUAUAGAGGGGCAUUGUGUGUGUGUGUGUGUGUGUGUGUGUGUGUGUGUGUGUGUGUGUGUGUGUGUGUGUGUGUGUAGGUUGAUGGGUGGGGGGGUGCAGAAAACACUGAUAAUUACAGCUGUCUGUAGAAGAAGAAAAGCUAUAUGUGAUCCAGAGAGCAUCAUUAACAUUUGCUCAGUGUUAUUUCACCUGAAACUCAGAGUGCAGCAUUUGAUUUAUGUCACGAUAUACAGUACAGGCCAAAAGUUUGGACACACCUUCUCAUUCAAUGCAUUUUCUUUGUUUUCAUUACUAUUUAAAUUGUAGAUUCUCAAAACUAUGAAUGAACACAUGUGGAAUCAUGUGCUUAAGAAAAAAGUGUGAAAUAACUGAAAACAUGUUUUAUAUUUUAUAUUUCUCAAAGUAGCCACCCUUUGCUUUUUUGAUAGCGCUGCAAACUUUAGCUGUUCUCUCAAUGAGCUUCAUGAGGUAGUCAUCUGAAAUGGUUUUUACUUCACAGGAGUGCCUGAAGUAACCCUGACAAGGUAAUUCUGUCAUCAAGAGCAAAGAGUGGCUAUUUUAAAGAAACUAGAAUAUAAAACAUGUUUUCGGUUAUUUCACACUUUUUUUAUAAGUACAAAAUUCUACAUGUGUAAAUUCAUAGUUUUAAUGCCUUCAGUGACAAUCUACAAUGUAAAUAGUCAUAUAAAAAAAAAGAAAAGACAUUGAAUGAGAAAGUGUGUCCAAACUUUUGGCCUGUACUGUAUGUCCUGAAACUUCCUGAGAGGAUCCAACACCAGGACCCGGAUCAGGUCCCGAGGAUCCUGCUCCAAAAACCUGAGAUCAACGUAAAUUUAUCACCUAUAAAUGUUUUCACUGAUUGAUUUUCUCAAAAUCAGUCAUCUGAUUUUUGUGUCCUUGGCAGGUCAUGUAUUCAUACCUUUACAAACACCAGGAUCCUGCAGCGAGAGUCAGUCUGAGUGUUUCUCUGCAGGACUGUAAACAUACAAAGAUCAACUUUAUUGAUCAGAUACGACUGAAGGAUCACUGUUCAUAAAGUAACUGCCAAGGAGAAAAAAAACAGGUGCAUUAAUUUUAAAUAGUUAUAUAGAUUCUUUAAAAACACAGCUGUACGCAGGGCUUUGGCCGCAAAAAGAGACAUGUAUUUGUUGACGUAAAAAAAAGUGGGAGAGAGAACAAUGAAAACGGAAGUGCUUCAGUCUGAAGAAAUACACAAAUCAGGAGUAGCCAAUAAAAUACUUUAUUAUUAACAUUCAUACUGAAGGAUUACUGUACUAAAAAAAAAAAAAAAAAAAAAAACGAUAUAGUGAAACUGAGAGUCUGAAAGAGAGGGAGACAUGCAAAGUCAGUGAAUGACCUCAAAAGUCGAUUGAACUUUAGAUAUCAACAACCAUGAAAUGGAGAAUAAAUCCAAAUGGAAAGAUUGUUUUAAUAGUAAAAUGCAGCACAGAGUAUCAACAGAAAAUCACAUGGAGAGGGAGAAGGUUUAAUCUGUUCAGCAACUUGGAUAUAAAAUACAAACAUGCUGACCUUUGACCCUAAGAAACACGCCUGCAGAGUAUACAAUCCAGAAUAAGUUCAUUCAUGUACAAGGAUGAGGAUUUAAUGUGACUCUAACACCUGCCACAGUCGACUCUAAUCUUACCGUUUCUCUGUGUUUUACUGUCUUGGAUAUUUCCCAGCCUUUAGUCGAGGGACAGAUUUGAAAUACACAGGGUGUUUUAUAACCCCUGGGAUAAACUGGUGCUGACUUCUCUGAUUAUGUGGGGGGUUUUGUUUCUUUAUUUUGAGAGCUUAAGUAAAUGUGGGGGAACAUGUUGGACCAAAUCCUGCAGGGACUGGCAGUGGAUCCUUGAACCAGUCUAACUGCAGUCUCCGUCCAUGGGGCGUCUCCUCUCCUGUUACUCUGAACUUAACGCCACAGUAAAUUCUCACAGAAAACUGUCCUGACAUCAGGAGUGAACCAAACCUUCCUCGUCUCCUUAUAUAGGAAGGUCAAAGGUUGGCGGGCCUCUAGCUCAAACACAGAUCAGUUCUUUACUCCUUUGAAUUUCCCUUCGGGGAUUAAUAAAGUUCUUCUUAUUCUUAGUUUUUGACUUGUAUGAAGACAUUUGUAGAUAACACCAUUUAGAUUGAUCACAGUAGUUAUAACCAAUAUUUAAUGAGCAAAAGGAGAAUAAAGGAGUGACUGUUUGUUUCUCCUCUUAUUUAAUAUUCACAAGCAGAAAAGAAUCACUGUAUAAAUGCUUUAUUAGCACAUUUAUCAGCCAAUAUAUCUUAUUAUAUGAAGCAUCUGUAUGUGGUCUAUAAACAUAACCAACACUAAUAUAAUCCUUCAACGAUGCAGUCCUAAUGAUCUGUUUCUCAUAUUUUAGACUGACAUGACUGCAUGCAUAAUCAACAUCUUUAUAAGUUUGAUUCAGACUCUGCUCGUGAAUGAUACUUCACUCUUUAGUCAGACAUUCAUUCACAGUUAAAACAGGAGGAGCAAACUCUGCAGAGCAACGGACACAUUUCAAACACACAAACUCAAGUUUUCUUCAAGUCUUUAAAACACUAAAACUAUGAUAUUUGUCUGAUUUACAUAUGAUUUAAUAAUGACAUUAAAGCACUAAACCGUUACAUGAUUUUAUUCAAAGCAUUCUGAUACUGGAAGUUAAAGUUAAAUAGAGUUAUUUUAAAAUACAGAUUGAACCAAUCAUGACAAAAAAAAAACCACACUGCCCACAGCAGUGCAACAGAAACCACCGCUCUCCUGCUCAGUCUGAGUCUUUACAUCCCACUAAAGUCAUCUCUUCUUCGUCAAACAAACCUUACACACACAUUUGGAUUGCAGUUUCACCUGUCUAUAAAAUCUUCAAUGAGACACUGUCUGAUGCAGAAGAGAAUUUCACAUGAAAAAUGAAGAGAAUAAAAAAUAAAUAAUGACUAAAUGCAGCUUCUCUGUCAUUGUGCAAUCAUGCACAACUCAGUUAAGUCCCACAGAAAUAAACUCUUUAUUUUUUAUCUAAAUCUGCAGAACUUCUGCUUAUUUUCUGUUGUUCAAAAAGAUUUUCAGUUGUAUUAAUUUUUUUAGUUCCUUGUAUGAAAUGAAUCACCAAACGGUCCAGAAUAUUUUUACACAUAUAAUAAUUUAGAUAAAAAUUCUUUUCCUAGAUAAAGUAACAUUUCAAAUGGUAGAUAUUAUAUUAUAAUAUAAAUAAAUCACGAGCUGCUUAUGUUGAACAUUUAUAUAACAUUUUUUUAAAGCUCCUCUGCAGAGCCCUCGUUUUCAAACAACACAGCUUACUGCACAUUUAGUGCCUGACAGCUUCACUGUGUGCUGUAAGCUGUGUCAUGCUAAAAAAGUUCAAGUAUUUUCUGAGGCAGAUGGAGUAAAAAAUUCUGAGGUUAGCCGUUAUUAUUCUGCAGAAUAAGACUUUUAAAGAGUGUAUUUCUGCAGGACCUGAAUGUGUUCUGAAUGAGCUGCACAAAAGAGGACAAAGUGCUCUGCAGAACAUGACAGCAUGCUUUAUCUUUAUUUUUCUGCUCUCUACGUUCUGCUUAUGUGCAAUUAUCUUUAGCAUCAAUUAAUAUUUCAUUAAAGACUUGACAAAACAGUGAAACAGAAAUCUUGGCUUCUAUUCAGAUAGAUCUGUGUGUGUGUGAGUAAAUGUGAUUUUAGGAGUAAAAACACAGAGCUGAAAGCAACAUUAAUAACUUACACACCUCCAAAUCUAAAGCCCCCGCAUUGUUGAUCAGCCUCAACAAUAUAAGUUUAAAAAAAGACACAACACAGCGCUCACAUAACACUUGAAGCUGGCGUUUGAGGCGUCAUUUACAUACAUUAGCAUAUAAAGUAAUUGGCACAGAUGCCAGCGAAGCAGCCGCAAACACAUUAAUUGUCAUCGAGCAGUCGUGGUGACAGAGUUAAAAAUGAGCCGCUUUUAAGGCUCCAAUUAUCAGAGAAUUUCCAAAGUAACCUUUUUUCAUCAGCAUCCUGUCCCUGCAGACACACACACACACACACACACACACACACACACACACAUGUAAUGUGCAUAGUAUCAGCAUCCUAAAUGUAUAAAUAUUGUAAAUAGCUGUCUGUCAUCAUUCAUGUGAAGUCUUUGAAUUAAGGCCGUGCUGCGUCCUGCUCUGAAAACGAGCACAUGUGCCUUUGUUUCACCCGGCGACGAUGACAAACGGUAGAUUCUCACACACACACACACACUCACACACUGUGUAAAUGUGUAAUGAUUUUUUACAGAUAGAAAUCAGAAUGCCUCUGCUGGGGAUCCAUAUGCUGUUUUUCCUCUCUGCUCAGAUUUUUUCAGAGAGCUGUAAUAGCGAGGGAGUGUGUGCAGGUAUUGUUGUGCUCUGUGCAUGUGUGUGUGUGCAUGAGUGUGCAUUCGUGCAAAUAUUACAACUGAUCCGCUCUAAACCUUUACAUUAUCCCAGACCCUGUAGUUCUGUCUGAUUCCUUCCUAAAAACCCCACAGUCUGGUUCCUCAGAUGACCCUGCUGACCCUUCAGGUCAUGUUCAUGUGUCUGAGCAGGUUCAUCUCUGCAGCCACUUUCUCUAUCCUCAGUAAUAUUUCUGCACACUGGCUCCUCUGGUGAGUUUGUUUUCUGGGAAUGCGGCGUGAACAAAUGAGUGAGUUGAAGCCUCCUGCACCUCAGAGAGCUUUAAACGCUCGCUGUGCAGCCAUCUUAACUGAUGCUGAGUGUGUGUGUGUGUGUGUGUGUGUGUGUGUGUGUGUGGGGGGGGGGGGGGGGGGGGUUAAAAUCACAACCUCCAAAACCCCCAAAUGUGUUGUUGUUGAAAUGAAAGUUUGAGGUGGAACAGCUGCAGAAAACAUAGGCUGACGUGUGGAGAUAUCCUGAUAAAUUCACGUCUUUUUGGACAGGAUGAUGAAAACAUUAACAGGAUUUUUUCUGCAGAGGGUUUUGAGGAGUUUCUGGAUUUUCAUUUUCACUUAAAAAGUAAAGGGGAGUUUAACCCUAUAAUGCCUGAACCCACAAAUUAUGCCCGGAAAAUUCAGAUUUUUUGGAGCUGAAAUGUUUAUUUCACUUACUACUGAAAACCAAAAAAAUCAAAAUGUCCUUAAAAUUGUACAAAUAUAUUUAUUGAUCUCGUUUGAUACAUCAAAUGUUUUUGGAAACUGAUAAACCACAAGAGGACAUUUUUAUCAUUUAUCGGACUGUGCUAAGGUGUUUUAUUAGUAAUUUGUUGAUCUUAUUGAUUUAUAGAAGUAUUAUAAAAGUAUGUAUCAAAUAUGAUACAAAAGGCAAUAAAAGGUUAAAUGAAUCCUUAUUUCCUUCUAAAGCUGUGCAUCACUCUUUAUUUUGAAAUGAGAGUUUGGUGACUCCAGUUGUCUUCUGCUGCCAUCUUGUUGUCUGACUGGAUCACUGUUGUUACAUUUGCAUUAAAUGUCUUAACUGUGGGAUCGUAUGAAGAUAGACUAUUUUAAAGUAUUUGUAAAAGAAAUGAAAGGUGAUUCUACUGAAAUAAUGUAAUUAUCAGAAACAUUUAUGUUUAACCUAAUUUUGACAGCUGAAGUUCCUCUGCAGGUUUCGGCAGCCCAGAUUUAUGCAAGAAAAGGAUCAACUUUUAAAAUCAGAAACACCCUACACUAUCCACAGUUACGAUAACAAUGCAUAAAAUAAACCUCACCUACACAAUGCACCUGUGUG